UGUAUAAUAUUCGAAAACCUAGUCUUUUAUUACGUCCAUUCAACUGAAUCUAUAGUAUAUUUUGAUUCCAUUAAUAUUAAACCAAUAAGUUAUUCGUGUCAGCCUACGGUUAGCCUGGAAACGGAUUAUAUUCGUAAUAGAUACCUAUUAUCACACGAGUAUGAUAAUUGUAUGAGAUAGUAGCAGCAGCUGUUUGGCGGUAUACUCUCCUGUCCGUUUGAUAACGGAGCGGUAGGGAAAAGGUAAAAUACCGAACUGCCUGUGGUCGAUGAUUCCCCGACUCGAUGUGCCGCUCGUUUAUGCCGUUAUGAGUGGCGACUACACUUGCCGGCCGAUCGUUGAUCAGUGUCCGUGUGUAAGGCUGACCAACAAGUCGCGACGGUUUGGUCGCCGAUGUUGUUGAAUACGUCCAGUCCAGUGCUAUGGCUUCGCGUAUAACGUCCGGUGUCCGGUUGUGCGUUCGCGCCAGUAUCGAUAAGCUCGUGUGCAAUUUGGUCAGAAGUCGUCACCACAAUGCAGUGACCACCGGCGAAACGGCUGUCGGGCCCAAGCUGGAUAACAGGAUUAUAAUUUGUUACCAGGUUAGUUCCUACGACGCGUCUUUUUAAGUUCCGCGUGGGGAAGUUGGGCGAGGUGCGUUUAUUGGCACCGAGAUCCUUUUAACCUCCAAGGUCCUUUCAAUGACUUUCCAAGUUGUCUUUUUCCAAUUUUUUUUUUUUCUGAUUCUUUCUACUUGGCAACAUUCCCAUUGUCACUGUCCAAGGGUCUCGCGGUCACUUGUUGACAAAAUACAAGUUGUAGCACAGAUUAUACUCAUAGCCGUUAAUUGAUAAUUAAUUUUUUUCAUAAACAAAAAAAAAAAUACUAUAAUUGCAUGAUAACAUCAUUACUCGGCUCCACCCGCUCUAGUUGGUAAACAAAAGUUAUUAUUACUCUGUGAAAUUUACUUAAGUACCCAGUUAUCUAUAAUAUAAUUUGAGAUAAGAAAUAUUGAUUACAAUUUCUUUAUUAACUAAAUAAUACUCGCGCAGUAGGUAAAUCAAAACAAAAUGCUUUAUGAUAUUUUUCAUUCACAUUGGACGAAUUUGAACUUGAAUAUAUUGUUGUUUUAAAAUCGAUUAUAAUUAAUUAUAUAGGUACUUACUCACAAUAAUUCUCUGGACACGGAACUUUGGCGGUUCCAUAUUUCUUACCCGUAAAGAAUAGUUCACUUUUUGUUGGUAGGUAUCUUUACAUAAAUUUAAAUUCAAAAUAAACUUUUAAUGCAAUAUUUAAAAAACGCAUAAACAACUAACAUAAAUCUGAAUAUAACAUGAAUUCUACCUAAAAUCUAUAGUUUUUUAUUUCUAUUAGUUCUACGAUUCCGAAUGUUAAGUAUGUCUUGUGGCAAUAAAAUCUUCGGGUUUAUUGUACAUACUCGCCUAGUGAAAGAAUGUACCUAAUAAUAAUCAAGAAACGACCUCAUUUUUUUGAAAAAAAAAUUUCCUUUUUUCUUUGUACAUAUAAUAAAAUAAAUAAAUAAAUAAAAAAAAAAAACACUUUUUUUCCCAUGUAGAUAGAUUACUAUUCCGAUAGUUUGGUGUUACUGCAUCCGCAACGCAAUAGGUAUAGUGGAAGUAUCUUUUUCAAAAAAAUUAAUUCGGAUAUAAUAUUAUACCAAAGUACCUACUCGUUCCCUACUUCGUGAAAAUGUUGACAAAUCCGUGGCAAUCCUGGCCAUUAAGUAUUACGGUUUACAUUUUGCCCGUCCCGUUUAUAACCAUUUUCGAUUAUUUUCGUUUUGAGAAUUGCGACUGUCGAGGAACGCUUUUUUAAAUUUUUAUUCGGUAACUGGGCGAGUUAAACGGCGUGGUUACUGAGUGUUUUUUAGCCGGUUCGUAAAACUUUACGCGAUGCGAUUUCUCGUCCGGUAACGCGCACGCAAAUUAAUUACAACCGUGUUUCAAGUGCGGUAUUAUUUUUGAGUUUUGAACAUAAAUAUUAAUUAUAAGCACUGUUUAUUCGGUUGUUUUGAGUGAUUAUGGUACCGUAGUAAUGCGACGAAUAAUACGUAGGUACCAAUGUAAGAUAUACGUUCUGUCAAUAAUUAUUAGAAUCAAUUACAAUAAUUAUAAUAUAUAUAAAUGUGUGUGUGUAUAUAUAUAUAUAUCGAUAGCGUAAUACGAGUGCAAUUUCACGAUAUUUUUAUCUGCGCGUUGGUACGAAUGUCGUUGCGUAACUAUAUUGUUUCACCCGUUGACGAUUAAAAGCGUUUGAGCGACGGAUUGUUCGGGUAUUUUUCCCUAGCGACGCGAUCUCUCGGUAAAAUUCGACCAGCAUUGUUUAGAGGGACGACGCGCGGACCCGGGGAUCGAGGGGGGGGCGACGAGGGGCCCGCAAUGUCCGUAUUACAAGUGGAAUCAAAUAUUCGAGAACCUGUUUUAUUCCAAAAAAAAUAUACCGCGCCUUCGUUUCGGGCGUAUAGAGAGUUGAGCGAUGGUCGUACCGCUUAUUCGUUACAUUUUAAUGCAAUAGGUCCCCUCACUAACAUUGGCGCCCCGGGACACCACAACCCUUAAUCCGGGCACGUCGACGUGAAACGACGCGUCCCGCCCGGUAGCCCGUCUUCUGUUCCGCGACGACCGUACCGACGCGCAUUUCGUUUCGUCCUUGUGACGUCGUUUUGGUGGUGCAAUUAUUAUUGUCGCGCGCGUGCAUCGCCGGUCCUCGUAUUAUAAUAAUAAUAAUAAUAAUAAUACAAAUAUAAUAAAAAUUGACACGCGACGGCGGCGGCGGCGGCUGCGGUCCGCGAGCAAAAAAAUCGCCAUAAUAACGAACCAGUUGCGCGCGACGCGUUACUGGCCUACUAAGGAGGAAAAAAAAAAAUGAUAAUAAAUAGAGAAGAAAAUACGCGGCGUAGCCGCCGAGACCGUUAAUCAAGGUCGACAACCUGACGGUAGCCGGACGACGGUUAGACGGACUUCGUCGUUCUUUUCAUUAUUAUUAUUAUUACUUUUUUCACUCGCAUCUCCCGCUCGGUUCGGUCGCGACGACGGUACCUGACAGUCUCGGCCGCCGCGCCGGAUCCUCGCGUCCGUCCGGACGGCCGACGGACAUCGUGACGCUUGCGGGGGCCCCGCCGAAAAGCGCGCCGGUCCGGCGUUAAUAAUAUUAGCCGUUAAACUGUCUUAUUACCGGCCGAACGUAACGUUACGAUAAUUAGACGUAUUAUAUUGUACGUACACUGUAUUAUGCGUAUUAUACCUACGCGCGCGGCUGCUACCGAAAUCGCUAAUUAGACGCGAUAUUGAUAAUAAUUAUCGUUAUAAGCGGUUUUUUUUUUUUUAUAUAUAUAUGUAUAAUUACGACGCCGCGAUUAAAAUGCGCGCGUACGCGAUACCCGGAGCUGUAGCGCGAUAAUUAACAUGUCUCCUCCCCAUCUUCCCCACGGGCCGCGGCUCGUUUACCGUCGUCUCGGUUACCAGCGAGUCUGAGCGGAGCCGUGAAUUGGUUUUACAAUGAUGUUUAUUAAUUUUUUUUCUACCGGCAGUGUUUCGCUUCGAUUUUCGGGUGUAGCACUUUUUCCGAAAAAGAAAUCUGACCACCAGGGCGGUUACUUUAGGGAGGUCGAAAAGGGGAAAACGUACGAAAUGUAUUUUCAAACGGUACACAUAUUACGGCAUUUCAAAACGCGUGUAACCGAAUUCCGCUUAGAAUCGUUUAUUUUUUUUUUUUAUUAGCAAAUAUUAAUCGUCACGUACACGUAUAUAAUGUGUGUAUUAAAAUUUCCCUCUAUAUCCUACCGCCUUCCCAACUUCCCCUGCAUCCAUCGUGACAUACCGUAUCUCUUUUAUUUUCUACGACAUUACUCGCUUAUGUCUGAGUGCACAAUACGCACGCUUGCUUAAUCGUAUUUUCGGCGAGACGAGCUCGUUUUUUCACAAAAAAAUUGUUUUGCAGAAUUUUAUUACAUUCGAAUACGUGUUUCAUCGUCCUUAUUUUUGGCGGCGAAUUAAACGUCCGCUUUUGAUUUUCAAACGGUGGCCUGUAUUGAAAUUCCAAAAGUCGAUGUUUAAAAUAAACGUCAACGCGAAAACGUGUUUGAACCAAAACUCCGGAUAUUUAUAGAAUUUUAAAUAUAUGUGUGUUUUUGUUUGAAAAUCGAAUUUAAAUAGUCGUUUCACCCUUGAAAAUAAGAGCGACAAUAAUAAGAACAUUUUUGAUUAUAAUAUGAUUCCAAACAGUUUUUACAUAAGUCAGUUUUUGAAAGAAAAAAAAAACCAGUAUUUUUCUUGGAACAUUUGACUGUAACACGAAAUCUGAUAAACCUGUAUACUUGAUUUUAUUAGAAUGACAUUGAUAAAAAUUCAAGAACACAUUUGUUUUUUGUUGUUCUUUACUCUAUCUUGAAUAGGUAUAACGCGUCUAAACCGUGAUUUUAUUAUGUUUUAGGUGUGAAUUCGUAGGAAAGUGAGCUUUUGUUAAACGUAGCUUUCUUAACGAAAAAUUUGAUUCGUGUGCGAAUUUAAUUUUGGAAUUUUAUUUAUCUUUUUUUUUUUUUAUAAAUAAUUGUUUAUGGGAGUUCGUUUACCUUUCUGGUUUAUUUUACUAUAUUAUUAUUCAUUUCUACGCGAAUUACUUAACUACAUUUUUGUUUUAAUUUACACAGAUUGUAUAACAUGCGUCAUACACCUUUGUUUUAAAAAUAUUUUUACAUAAUCUGUGUACCAAGUAUGUAAGGUCAACGUUUGAUUUAUAGCGGUUCAAUAAGAAAAGGCUAACCGCGGUCAUUAAUUGCGGUACACCAGUGCCUAGAGAAUUUCCUCAGUAAGUGGGUACUUGAAACAAUUUUUUAGGGAUUUUAAAUGCAUUUUUAAUGUCCUGCGUAUAUCAAUUGCCUAAAUCAUCAAAAUACUCUUAAUAUGUAACUGCUUGGACUACUACGUCAUACCAUUCGACAUUCCAUCGCGAUUAUAUUAUUGAGUAGAAUAUAAGACGUGAACACAAUUUAAUAUUCCAAAAUAAUCCGACGGGUCAGCGGUAGUCUGCAUUUAAUUCUAUUACCUUGAGACUUUCUAUAUUAUUAUUGUAUCGAUUUUGUGCCGUGUCAAUCGUGAUGGUUUUUAUUAAAUUCAUAUAUUACGUAAAAUUAAUAAUAUGAUAUGCUUAUUUUAUUAUUAUAUAUAAUAUAUUUCAUCUAAACUUUAUUUAAGUAAGUAAUUACUAUUAUUAUUAUCGUACAACGAUAUGUAGGUAUUACAUAAUUGAAUUAAAGUUAAACAUGUAUUUAAAAAAUGAAAUCUUAAUCGCUCGUGUUUGUUAUAUUAUAACCUAUAGAACUAUUUAGACAAUUGUAUUAAUUGAAUUCAAAUCCAUCGUCAUUAUAUUCGUAAUUUACCCAAUAUAAGUAUCUAUACGUCAUUAUCCUGUACUAUUCGAUUAUUUAAAUGUUAUGUAAUAUUACUGCACUAUUUCUAUUAUGUUCUUACGAAGGUUUUUAUCCCAAAUGUAUACAUGAUACCGUGACGUGGUCAAGAGAGUGGGAGGUAAGGGGUUAUACCCCUCGCCCAAUCGGCUUAUAAACGUUACAACUAUAUUAUGAACAUUAAUUUAGUAAUUUUAUAUCUAAAUUAUAUAUUUCAGCCAGGAAAGUAAGCUGAAAAUGUAUUCGAUAAUAGUUGAUUUUUUGGAUCCGGCUUUUAAAUUCUCACUAUCGGGUUAUGCGUAUAACAGACGAGGACUACUUGAUGAACCAUACAGAUAGUAUUAUUUACUGCGUCUCUUUCCAUUGAAUAUCCCUGGCCACAGAUUGACGAUGUUUUUCUAUACAAUAAAUGAAUAAUAAUAAAUAUACCUAGAUAACAAAAUUAUUAAAUAUAUCCAAUCCUGCAGUAUUUUAGUUUUGACAACGAUGAGUUAUUUAAACCCAUCGCUAAACGUGGCUGUUUGGAAAAAUAUAUUCGUCUAAUUACAUCAUUUACACAGUAUUUGAACGUUGAAUUUUUUAAUUCGAGUACAUGACAAAUUAAAAUUAUGCACACAGUGUGAUUUUUCCUUGGAUUUUGAUUUAUUCUUUAUGUAUAAUAAAAUCUAUAUAAGUGUAACGUUUAUAAUCUUAUAUAGACGUUGUUAGUAAAUACCAAAUGCCUGUAUAUUUACGCGAGAUUUCGAAUAUUCAUCACACAAACGGAACAAGUUAAAACCUCUCAAUUAUACGUACCUUUAUUUAUACGCAUUUCGUGAUCAGUUUAAGUUAAAUUUCACGAGAAAAGUUACUAAGUACAGACAUUGUAUCCCGCAUUGUACACUAUUGUGGUGUUGUACUUUAUAUGUAACUUUCCCGUUGAUGAAAUACAUUAACUAUUUAACUCUCUUAAAUUAUUUCGAUCAACACUCUGUGAAUAUUGAUUUCAAAUGCUUUCACGGUUUUUUUUUCUUACCUUGAAUGUAAGUCGGGGAAUGCAUCGUUAAUCGAAUAUUCCAUCAAUUUUAAGACAGCAAUCAACUGCAAGAAGAAAUUUAUUUGAUUUAAAUCUAGAUAGGAAUCUGGCCAAUUUUUAUUAGCAGUUUUUAAUGUGUGAUUCAAUGUUGUAACUUACUCGAUAGCAUUUCGAAUAAAAUUUGAACAAAUUUCUAUCUAGACAAUGAAUAAAUGUCUAAAUUUAUUCAUUGUGUAUACAACGUUUUCGUAUUUUCAUAUAGGUAAUAUUUUGCAACAAACUUGGUAUAUCUAACUACUAUAUUAAACCGAAUCUAUCAUUCUCGUAUACAUAUAUUAUAGUAAGUGCUUAUUUUGUAUUUUAAAACAGUGAACAAAAUUAAUCUGACCUUUUUAUGUGUAUAAAAUUUAAUAAUAUUAUUUUUAAAUUACGUAUUUUAAGGUUUUUAGAAAGUGAUGGCAAAACGUUGUAUUAAUUGCCAAAUAAUUAUACAUAUACCUAUAUGCCCAUACGUAUUUUUACCAUAAAAUAGUAAUCAAUUUUCGAUGUUUUCGUUUAUUAGUACGAUGCUUUAGGGUAAACACUAAAACACCAAUAAUUUACUGCUUUCACACUAAUAUAGGUAUAAAACAAUUUUCAAAAGUAAGUUUAUAUUGUUAUAUGGUUAAUAUUUAGUAUACGUAAAUAGACAUAUUAUAAGUAAGCUGAAUGUUAUUUAUGUAACGGUCCUCUUAUUGAAUAUAAUAUAAUAUUUUUUUUUUAUUUAGAAAAUAUGCUUCAUGUUAAACAAAUAGGUAUAGGUUAUAGGUACACCCGAGGGUAAACCUAACAUUAAAUACCAAUGAAUGUCAGUUCUUGUAAUAUUAUCGGAGUGUACAGAUUAUACUAUACUUACAACUCGAUAGUGUCUGGCGUAUUGACCUUGUGACUUUAUACCUACGCGCAAGAAUAAUAGGUGUUUCCUUUUAACCGCGCGGUUUGGGUGAAAGCGCAAGUGAAACACACGUGCAAACCGGUCCAGGAUGUCUGCGGCGCUGUGAUAUACAUCAUGUAUUCGUACUAUCCUGUGUAUAAUAUAAUACGUAGUUUUCAAAAACCAAUAUUUUUUUUUUCACCUUUAAGCCCAGGACCGACAGUUUUAAUAAUGUUUUACAUAUUUUACAAUUCGAUAACUCUCUAAAUGUAUUAGGUUACCUACGUAUUUUUACCUGAUUGCUGUUGUUUUGUUUUUUUUUUUUUUAUAUAUAAAAAAUUACUAAUUAAACAUUUUAAGGAAAAAAAUAACGAUUGUUUUCAUAAAUAGACGAUACUUAUCUCGGACUGCAGUUAGUACAAGCUUUAGUGCUCAGAUAGGAUAAUUUCGUUUCCAAACCAAGUAAUCGGUUAAUUGUUCUUAUGUGUGUGUUCUUAUAUGUAUGUGUGUGUAUUUGCAGUGAAAGCCGCGCAGUGGCUCUCUUUUGCUCAUAAUAUAAUAUUAUGAUCUUCAUGGGCGGUUUGCGUUUUAAAAUUUAUGCCAUCCGUUCUAGAUAAUAAAAUAUACUGCGUCUCGUACCAAAUUAAAUUACAAUUUCGUCUCGGACAUGUUAUUAGUCUGAAAAAUCAAAUACAUAUUUGUUUAGAGACAAAAAAAAUCUCUAAAUGUAUUAAGGUUAUGUUAUUUGUGUUUAUAAUUAUUGGUCUUGAACUCGAGUAAAAUAUUUUGAAAAAUCAAAAAAAAUUGUUGGACAGGUAUAUAUAGUAUAUAAUAUUUAGUUAUAGUUUUGAACUAGUAACUUUCACAUGAAGAUACGUUGAGAAAGUAUCGAAAUCAAUUUUAAAUUUUGUCGCGUAGUUAUUGAAUUUUUUUUCGCUGCUAUUUGAUAUAUUGUAAUAAAAUAUCAGUGCCGAAAAUUUGAAAUUGUUAUAGAAAAUAUGUAAUUCUUAGCCAUUUUUCGUAGUAGUACUAUGACAUUAAAACAGGCCUUAAGUAAUAUAAUUAUUAAAAGAAAUAAAUUCAAGCAAAAGUAAAAAGGUUCAGAGGUAUAAAAAAUAACUAUGAAACAGUAACCAGAAAAGUAUUAUUUUUCUUACUUACAAAUAAACAUAAUAUGGGUUUAUAGUACAUUAUUGUUUAUAAACAUCAAUAGACAAUAUUCACGCUCAAAAAUACGUUAUUUUAAUAAUUUAAUAUUUAGUAACAGUCUACAGUAAAAUUUAUACGGUAUUAUAUUAUAUUUUUGAAUUAUUAUUCGUGAUAUUAUGAUGAGACCGCUAACUAUUUACGACGAUAUAGGUAGUCGGGCGAUUUACCGUCUAAAUUCUAUCAUAUUGUAAUUUAUUAUUAUUUCUCGUGUUUGGUGGAUUUACCUCAUUGCGUAUUACCUACCUAUCCUCGAACAUAUUAUAUUUUAUGUAAUAUGUGUAUAAAUUAAAAAAGUGAUAAAUAAUAAAAACAAAAAAAACAAAACAUUAAAUAUUUUUAUAUUACAUAAUUCCAGAUUUUUUAUGCGACAAUUUUCGUUCGUUUAAGACAAUUUGAUUAUAUUUCUACAAAUACAAUAAUUGAUAGUAGCGGAUCAUUAAAAAUGUAAAUAAUUGAUUUAAUAUUAUAAAUCUAGUUUUCGUUUUUAAAGCUUUAUUCACCUACUUAUCGUGAAUUUGUUUUUUAUUAUCCACAUGAUUUAUAUGAUUUACAUCAUUAAAUCAGAAGAACACUUUUUUUUCUUUUUUUUUUUUUAAUUAUAAUCUAUAUUUAAUAUUAUAAAGUGAAAAGAUUUGUUUCAUGUUUGUAAUAUAAAUAAGCUCAAAAACCACUUAAUCGUUUUUAAAACUUCUUUCAUCUACAAAAAGCGGGUAACAUGGGCUGUAUUUUGUUUUCAAAAAAAUUAAAGAUCUUUACGAAAAUUGCAAAUAAUAUCUAGCAAUAGCAAAGUAUUGCCAGGUCAGUUAGUUUAUAAUAAUAUAAUACAUUUUUAUUACAAUGGUCUUAAAAAUAUAAUAUAAAUAUAAAUAGUUUUAUAUUUCAUCAAAAUAUCGCUCGUCGUUUAUCCGAUUAUUGUAUACACGGUCGCCGCCACCUGCAGUUCAUUACAUUGCUGUUCCGCGUUUUCAUAUUGUCGGUCUGUCCGAAUCGACAAAUAGGGUUAAGGUGUCUAUAAGUGUCUAUUUGUUAGUGGCAUCAUAAUAUCCUUUUAUUAUUAUUAUUAUUUAUUUCCUUUCCCUCGGUUCCGCCGCUUGUAUUCAAUACUAAGCAAGCGUGCACAGCACAUGGACUCACAUGGACACGCCGACGAUAGGAACGCUCAGGAAUGUGUCGUCCGGCAGCGCGAGAUCGCGCGGUAUACCUACGAAUUGAGGCCAAUCGAAAAAAAAAAUAUCGACUGCGUUUCUUCUUUCUGCUGUUUCUUCAAUGUUGUUCUUGCUUCUUUUUUUCCGUUUGCGUCGGUUUCAAUGUAUAGUAUACCUACACAACAUAAUACUACCCGUAUGUACCUCCAUGUUAUGCUCUCCGCAUCGACGAGACAGAAUACGUAUUGUAUUAAAAAAUAAUAAUGAUAAUAAUAAUAAAAUAAAUAAUCUACCUACAGCUACAGCGGCUGCCGUUUUGUUUUCUCUCAUUAAAGUAGUUGUAUGUUUAUUAUUUAACUUUCAUUGUAAUCGAAAAUGUCGAAGGAAAACUAUAUAGGUGCUUAUAUAUUAUACCUAUAUUUAAUUUAAUCACCGAAAUAUCAUGAUCAUUAUCCUACACCCGGCUAUGUUUUAUUUAAUGUUUUUUUUAGUUUUACGUUUAAUCUCCAUCCGUAUCUAUUUUUUGUGUUUUUUUUUUUUUUUUUGUUUUUCUAAUUUAUCUUGUAUAUCUCAAGCGAUUAUUAUUAUUACUGCUAUAUUUCGCUAAAGUGAAAAAAUUACCCAUGCGUCGCGUUUACAUUUUAUUAAUACCUAAUUAAGUUUUUUUUUUAUUAAAAACGUACAAGGAUUUCUUAGGUGGUGGAUUAUCUUGAGAUGGUUUUGAAAGCGUUUGAGUGAAGUACUUACCUAUCUUAUUAUUAUAAUCGUGUUUAAAGGAAGUUUUAAAAUUAACCAUCACGUGCGAUAUAACAAUAUUAUGUUGUUAAUAGUCGAGUUUCGUAAACGAUCAUUAGUGAUAGUUUGUAAAAAAAGAAAAAAAAUUAACAAUAGUCUAUAACCACACAAAUUUGACACGUAAAAAUCUCAGGUCGUAUAUAUUGCUGGUUAACCGAGGCUGCACUUUAAAAAAAAAAUAAGAUUCUUAAACAAACAUUGUCGCAUUAUCGAUAGAAUCAAUUUGCUUCUAAAUUCUAAUAAUCUAUAGUAUGAGUAAUUAAUGGAGGGGAAAAAUUUAUUUUCAAAUUCCAUCGUGUACUAGUUGAAAUUGUUAUAUUAUUAUGAUUCGACGUGUAGCUGUAUAACAUAUGAAAUCAUUUUAUUAUUGUGUAGCUUUCACAUAUUGGAACGAUGACAAAUACAUAGUAUUAUAUAUAUGUCGUAUCUAACUAUAUGACUAACUUGGGUACCGAUUUCAGAAAUAUUCGCACGAAAAAGCUUCCGGUUCACCUAUUAUAUAGGUAAUAAUAUUUUUGUAUUGUUGAAAAAAAAAAAAUGUAAAUUCUUUAAUAAUAUGCCUUCGUUAAAUAGGUAUAAGUGUAUCGCUGUGUCUGUAAGGUACUCACUAUAAUUUCGCUAGCAUAAAAAAGCAGCUUAGAUUAUAAUAUAAGCAAUAACCAUAAUAUAAUAUUAAUUAUCUAUAUAUCUAUGUAGGUAUACUUUAAGUUGUAAAGUUAUUUUUCUCUCCGUAUUUAUUUACGGCUAUCUUUAAAUUAUCUUAUUUUUUUUAUGGACUAUUUAUAUAUAUAUUAUACAAUAAUUAUAAUUAUAAUUAUAAUAUAAUAAUUAUAGACUAUUUCUAUCGAAUUCGUAACUCGUAAUAUUUACAACCGAAAAAUGGAAUCGAAAAAGUUCAAUAGUUUUUUUGAACGUCCGGUUUUAAAAAUAUUGUAUUUACGUAUUAUUUCCCAUAAUAAUACUUAAUAUUUUUCUUUAUAAUUUAUUAAAUAUAGUUUAUGCAUUUGUAUUUUAAACGACUGUACGUCGUUUUAACUCGCGUAUAAUUUAUGAAGUACUAAGAGAAAUGUGUACAAUACAUAUGCGUAGGUAUAGUACCGCAAUAAUAAUUAACAGCGAUCAAUGAUGUGUGGUUUAAAUCCGUAAUGCAAAUGAAAUGGUAAAUUUAAAAUUCUAGUGGAGGUAGGUUGGGUUAGGAUAAAUUACGAUACACUGUACUUAAAAUAAUAUUAGAAUAUAAAAUGUAUGAAUGCGCAUAAUAUUUUAAUUCCGUUUGAUUCGAUGUGAUUAGGUACCCAGAGAAAACUUAACUAACUUAUCUAAUGUGAAACUGCGUGAAAACCUUUGAUUUCUGAUAGGCCUAUAUGGUAGCGUUAUCCUUAUUUAUUCAUCAGGUAUGUUAUUAUAAUUUACACAGAAAAUUAGCUAAAAUUACAUGUGAUAUUAUAUACUAUUGCCAUACGAUUGAAUUUCAUUUCGCCCUGUGGCCUUGUGGUUCGAGUAGUGCGGUCGAUUAUUUCGAGCAGCGAUGGUCACUUUUUACUAGAUUGGACAUGCACCGAUUAUUGUCUAGGUAUAUAUAAUACGACGUUAGAAAGCGCAAAAAUACGUUUAAAAAAAAUAUUAAUAGGAGAGUCUACUAAAAAUUGACCUUGUAAAACCAUUAAAGUACUUAGUGAUUUUUUAAAAAAAUGUAUACAUUUAUUGGUAUGUUUCGAAAAGUUUAAAACAAUUCGAUGUUGCCGGGUCUCUAAUAAUUCCUUGUGUGGAUAUAUAAUUUUAAACUCGAAAAUCUUAAAUCAUGCAGUAGUAUAAUCACGUUCACAGCGCGGAUUCUAACCUUUAUAAAUGUAAAUAUUAUUAUCACUAUUAUCUAUAGUAUAGGAUAUUGUUGUAUUUUUGAAGACACUGCGGGUUACAAAUGGUGUUUACUCAUGUUGAAAUAAGAGGUGCAUGUAUUAUUUGAAUAUUAUAAUAAUAUUAUGUUUAAACGUGUUUUUAAUUUGAAUUAACCGGGAACUAUACGAGUUGAAAUUCAGAAGAGAAUUCACUUUCUUAUUUCGAUACACACCUAAUAGAAACAGGAAAGUCUAAAUCGUUAACCGGUAUAUUUCAUACGUUUAAUAUGUCUAUUUGUUUCGCGUUUAGUAUUUUUGUAAUAAUAUUUUAAAGCGUGAUCGUAUAGGGUUUAAAUAGCACACGGGUGAGCUUAAAAUAUCGCAACAAGUAAUUUAAACAAAUUAUGAUAUUCGGCAAUUUCAUAACUAUAGAUUUAGGAGCUGCAGUUAAAUUAUUAUUCAUUAAAAAAAUUGUCAGAUUUUUAUCUAUUAUGACUUUCGUAAGGAUUUUAAAUUCGAAUUAAAUUAUCUAUACCUAUCUCUAAAAUAUUGGAAAAUAACAAUUGCAAGAUAUUUCAUACCACACGAAUGUAUACAUUUUCUAGAAUAAUACAAAGUGUGCAGUGUCCUUCAAAUCGUCGAUAUAAUACUGUUAGGUUAACCUAUUCUAACCUAAUAAGGCUAUACCUUAUUAGGUUAUAUUAGAAUAAUAUAUAUUUAUACGCUAACAUAAGACUGUAAGAAACGAUACUAAUCAAAGUGGUUAUUAAUAAUUUAUGAUUUUACUCUUUAAUAUACUUAGGCGCCAGUACAAAUUAUUUUAAUACAUUUAUCACAUCAAAUAAUAAAUGUGUGUGUGCUGUGUUUUAUUUUAGAUUCUGAGUGUAGCAAAGAAGCUAUUAGUUUUACUAAAAUAUGUGUGUCUUUUUUUUAUAUUUUUUUCGGUAAACCAAAUUUUGGUUUGUUUAAUACACCGAUUUUUAUUUAUGUCAUACCUUAAAUGAUUCGGAAUUUCUGGCUGUAAUAAUAGUUUAUCUUUAUUUGGAACAUUUUUUAAAUUUCAACACAGUUCAUCCUUAGAUCAUUUUUUUUUGUUUUUGUUGAUUUCUGGGUUCCCUUAGCAACAAUAGAAAAAAUAUAACAAAUACUACUACGAUUUUAUUAUUGCAUACAUUAUAUAAACUAAAUUUCCCUGUAUAUACCUACCCCUCUAGCUACUCACAUAUAACAGUGGCCAACCCAUAAGCCGCAUCAACGUUUUACACAUAAAUAAUCCAAAUAUGGCUUAAAAUUAAUUCUCCUCCUCCCUCCUCCUCUAUUUAUAGGUAAUUUUAUACAAUCUGCAAGAACUAUUACUACAGAAUUUAUUUUGUAUAUUUUCCGUUUUAAUGUAGUAGAAACAAAACAAUUAUAACAAAUAUAUUUUGCGUAUAUAGAUGUAACAAUAUCAUAAGUUGUAGUAAAUUCGUCGAUUUCCCCGAGGGGAUAAAAUUUUGAUGCGAUUAUUAAUACAUGUAUCUCGGUCAUGUCCCACAUACUCGGGUCGAUAUGAUGAGGGGGCCAAAAUGCCUGCAGGAUGGAAAGUAUUAUAAAUAAAUAUGCGCGUUAUACAGAAAACCGGUCCUGUAGCCAUCAAAAUAAAAUUGUAUAUUCGCAAUUUGAAUAUAAUAUAUGUCUUCGAAUGCUAAUGGGCGUGACAACGUAUUAACAAAUUCUUAUUCUUAUUCAUAGUCUUAUAUAUAUAUAUAUAUGUAUUUUUUUUUUUUUAGGAAAAAGAAUUAACUAAAUUUUUUUUUCAAUUUUUUUUCACAGAAACAAUUAAACCGAAUCAGAUCGGAUCACCAAAGGAAUCACUGUCGUCGGUUUACUACUUUACAAGACACAGACACCGAUUCACUGUCUUCUAUCGACCCUUACAGACUGUUAGAAGAUGACCUCAGAGAUGUAUACACUGAUAUCAGACAGGUUUGUAUAAUAAUUCGCCAUUUAUUAACGUGUUCUAAUUGUAUUGUUAAAUAGGGGUAGAUACAUUAAAUAAUAAUAAUAAACUUGAUUGCAACAAAACAAUACAAACAAUUUAUACAAAAUAAUAAUGGAAUACAAUAUUACAGAAGCCCUUAUAAGCAUAACUUAUGCUAUGGAAGCGAGUUCUUAUCACUUUAAGAGUACAUACAACCUAAAGACAAUUAGUUAUUCAUAAUAAUAUUAUACAUCAUUUCGAUAAUUCUGUAUAUUUGCUGAUAGGAUGUAGUAUAAAAUAUGUCAAUACAUUUUCAGAUUCUGAGCAAAGUUUAUUAGUUUCAUUUUGAAGCGUUAUUUUGUGCCUACAAACAACUUUUCCUCCAGAACUCAUGCUCCAAUGAAAAACUUUUAAGGAACUAUCUUGUAGCAUUUUUGAUUUAGUUAGUAAAUUGGGGAAAUCAUGUUUUGAUUUUCCUUGUAAUUUUUUUAAUAAAUGGUAAAACUGUAAUUUAUUGUAUAAUUUUUAUUGAUUUCUGAGUUAUUUUGGCAAUCAAUGAAAAAUACAACUAAAUUCUCUGAAUUUUUUUGAUUUAACAUUGUGUAUAAAUAUAAAUAGAGUUGAGUAAAAAAUAAUAAAAAUAAAAGGUGCCCCAAAAAGGUGAACAACAUGGAACACACUUUGAUUACUUGUUUUCCCAAUUAACAUACUACAUUUUCAUAUUAACAAUUGUAUUAAAUUGGAUUAAUAAAAUAUUAUUUACUUGAUUUUUGCAAUAUAUUAAAAAAUAAAAUAAAAUAUAUUCUUAGUUUAUUGUAGCUUUUAGCUUAAAAAUUUGUAUCAACUAUGUAUAUUUUCAAAUGUUUAUAACCCCUCAAAAUUAUGAAAUAUAAUUAAAAAAAUUUAAUAAGAAUUUAAAUUUUAUUCUGCAUAUUUUUUAACUUUUUCUUGUAUAUUUUGACUUUUUUAGCGCUUGUUUACAUGUAUAUUUAACAAUUAUAUAUUUUUUUAAAUGAGGUAUUUACUUAUGAUGAACUCUGUAUCAAAUAUUCGAUUAUAUUUGAGAAGCCAAACAAUUUUACUUAUCCACAUUAAACAAAAAUAUAACAAAAUAUUUAAUGGCUAUAAAUAACUUAAAACAAUGCUAGAAUAAUUUUGAAAUCGCACCACGUCUAAUGAGUACUUAUAUACAUUUUUAGAGGAAUUUUCAGAUAGUUAGGAAUACAGUUUAAUGAAUUAAAAUUUAAAAAAACAAAAUCGUUAUUAACAGAAAUAGUUGUCCGGUAAAUAUUCCCGUUUUAGCAGACUUUUUUCCGAUUUUCUGCCGUUAUUAAAAAAAUAAAAAUAAAAUCAAAGACGGACUACUCUAUAGCACCAAUUAGAUAAAAUUGUCAGCCAAAACCAUCCCUGUUGAUGAUUAGACCAAAAUUGAAAAAUUUAAAAGUUAUUGAAAAUUAAUUUCAUAUUAAUCUUUUUAUUUAUUGAUUUUUGUAAAAAAAAAAAAGCUCUCAGAGUUGGCAAUUGUCUUUAUUAUCCCCUUUAAAUGCGCCCCCGUGUCCUGCAAUUUAACAGUUAUUUUUAUUGGUAUGAACAUAAUUACGAUAAAUUCAUAUAAUACCUGCUGGUUUUAGUUCGGUUUACUAUACCUACCUACAAAACUGUAUGCAAAAUAUCAUAUAGGUACAUAAUUAACAAUUAUAAUUAUUAUUUUAAACGUGUAACAGUUACAUGUAUAUGCAUAUAUAUAUAUAUAUAAUAUAAUGUAUAAAUUAAUAUUUCAUAAACAUUUUAAAGGUUGGGUGCAUUUUUAUUGUUAUUGAAUGUAACAAUAUAAUAUGUUAUAAACUUUCACUAUGUAUUUAUGGUCUACAUUAACGAUUAUUUAGUUAGUUGAUAGUUUAUUAAUAAUAAUUCUUACAUUUUCUAUAGAUACUUUUAAUCAAUUAAAAAAUAUGUUGUUAUAACUUAUUAGUGUUAAUGAUAAUUGUACGAGUGUAUUUUUUCGUAAAUCACACUAUAAAAAUAACUAUACAUUUCUACCUAGAUAAUUUUAAAUUAUUUAAAAAAAGAAUUCUCAUCUCCAUCCUAUAAUAUUAUUUACAGGAACUCGAACAGAACACUAAUCAAGACGAGCUUCGGACGAUAGCUACAUAUUACUUCGACGGGCAAGGAAAAGCCCUGAGGCCCAUGGUGGCCAUCCUGAUGGCACAUGCCAUAAACUACCACAUGAACAAUACGUGAGUUUAUACCCAUCUAUAUAUAUCUGCUUUGAAAUAUUCAAUUUGUUUUAAUAUAAUAACAUAAUUUAGAAAUAAAACAGCGGUUUCCUUUAAUGUAUUGUCAAUGUAAAUAAACUUCAGAGGUUAAAAUUAUUUUCUUCUUCCUUUUUUUAUUGUUUAUUUAUUAAUAAAAACAGUAAUGCGUGAACCCGAAUAAUUGUUGUUCGCCGUGAUAGUGAAACGUAUGAACGAAAAGUAGUUCAAAAUGUGUAAAUACGGAUAGAACAAAAACAGGUUCUGUUAUACGUGUGCAGUGUUCCUGUACGCACAGGAAGAUAUCAAGGAUAUUUUAAACUGGUUACUAUUCAUGUAACCUAGAUGUCUUGUGGGUAUAGGCAUUUAGGUCUAGGAUUUACGUACAUAUUUUUUCCCAUUUGACUUGACCCAAGUUGUAAAAUAAAAUCUUAAAAAAAAAAAAUAUACAAUUUUAUAAAAUCAGUCUAAAUAUGUAGGUAAUAAUAGUCUCAUUGUUUUAUAUUAUACAAAUAGUUAACAUACAAUGAAAAAAAUCACUAGGUACAUUUUUUUUUUAAAAAGUAUAGAUUAUAUUAUAAACUCUAGACUAUAGUACUUUUACAGCAAUAUUGAAUAUAGAUUAUUUUUAAACCACAAUCAGCUGAUUAAAUUGGUAAGAUAGUUAUCGUCCUUGACUGGGACGCGUGUAGGACACCCCUGUACAGUAACCUAAGUUUUAAUUUUAUCGAUUUCUUUUGUUUUUAACUAAUAACAUCAAAGGUUCAUUCAUGGAAACGAGUUUAAAAAAAUAUAUGCGUAUAACUCGUGAUGGAUCACCGUUGACUAUAAUAUAUUAAUAUAAAUAUGAUAAAUAUACAUACACGGAUAAAUUAUUAUGUUAAAACCACAGUUCUUUACACAUUCGUUGAAAAAUAUAUUUACCUACCCUUUAAUGUCUUUAUUUUGCAUUAAAUAAUGUAUUAUAAUAAUUUAUAUCACGUUGGAUUACUGAAUAAUUAAAUCAAAAUAAAACUUAGUUUUUUUUAAAGCUAUUAAAUAUCAAAUGUAUCAUUAUAUUUUAAUAUCUGUACAAAUAUAUAACAGAUAUUUAUUACACAUUGGAUUUAUUCGCUGGUAAUAAAUUUAUAUUAUUUAUUACGAAAGCUUUAAUAUGAUUUAUAAAAAAAUUAGUUUAAAUUAUAAUAAUUAUUUAUAAAUUAGUUUUAUCGUCUAAAUUCUAACGUAUAAUUAAAAAAAACCUUAUGAAAAAUUACUAAAUUGUGUAGAAAAAAUAUCAUUUUGUUGUUAUUAUUAUUCUAUACAAUAUAUUAUACUAUUAUUUAUUUGAUUUAUCGAUUAUUGCCAAUAAAUAUUAAUAUUAUAAAUAACGUUAACUGUUGGAUAGAAAUGUAUUCAUUGAUGUUUUUUCGUAUUUACAAAGUUGAUUUACUACAGAUUUUUUGUAUAAUCCAAUAAGACAUAAUAUUAUGCGUCAUAAAAACUUAUAAUAAUUUAAUUUCCUGUAGUAUGUUUGUAAUUCAAUUUUUUUAAAUUGUUGUGUAAUGAUCGAAGAAUAUAUUGGUUUUUACUAUAGUUCUUAGUUAUGUAUAUUUUUCUUUUUUACGUUUGUUAACAACUUUUCUACUGAAAAUAUUGCUCCAAUCAAACAACUUAUGGGAACUUUUUUAUCAGUUGUUAACUAGUUGGUACAUUGGGGAGGUCUUUUUUUCUUGUAGUUUUCUUAAUAAAUAUAUAUGACUGGCAACUCGUUUUAUAAUUUGUGUUAAUUUCUGUAUUAUCUCGGUAACUAAAGAAAAAAGGUGAAUAACCCUCUGCUCAGAAUCGUUUUUGGUUUUCAAUAGUUUUAAUUAGUUCAAUACUUUUCAUUACUUUAAUUUAUUUCCGAAGAAUAAGUAAUAAAAAUAAGACUGAAUUACGAAAACAAAAAAAAACUGUUUAUUUGUAUCUUAUAUCUAUCUACAAACAGGUAUUUCAAAAUAUAAUAGUUGAACAUAGUUAAAAUUUCGUCAAUAACAGAUUUUUUGUAAAUAUUUAAUUUCAACAUACUAUAACUUUGCCAAUUUUGUAAUUACAAAAAAACUUUUUAUAUAAAAAUUGUUUUAAAAAAAAUACUCUAUCCGAAUCUGUAGAAAAAAAAUGGUAAGGUCAAGUUAGGUAUGACUAAAUAUAUGAUCAUUAAUGAAAUAUUUAGUGGUACCUCUUAGCGUGAACGCACUAUAUUUAUAUAUACCUCCUUUCCAACUUCCCUUCUAAAACAGUGGCAUACUUAUCAACAUUAUCAUAUUUUUUUAAUAAUUUAUGUGUAUUUUAAUUUAAUCAAAAAUGUUUUUAAAAAUUACUUUUUCUUACAUUUAUUUAUGUAAAUAGGUUUAUACCUUUAUUUUUUUUUUAACUAUAUUGACAAUAGUGUUGUUCAAUUUAUUUAGUGGUUUGGACAAGAAACAAAGGGAAGUAGCUAUGAUCGCUGAAAUGAUUCAUUCUGCAUCUCUAAUCCACGACGACGUCAUUGAUCAGUCCGACUUUCGCCGCGGAAAGCCCAGUGUAAAUGCACUGUGGAGUCACAAAAAAGUAUGUAAUAUACAAGAAAUUAUUAUUAUAUUAUUGUGUAAUGCUGUCAGUCUGCAAUUUUCGUGUGCGGCCUAUUAUCUAUGUUGAACUUACAAAAUAUUAUAUUACGUAUUUUAGGUAUAUAUAUAUUAUUAUAAUGUCAAAUUUACGAGCAGUUAAACCGUUUAAAUCUGGUAAAAAAAAAAAUCGGUAGACUUGUCCCUAAGUCAUCAUAAUUAUUACCUUUCAAAAUACGUUUUCGGUGUUUGCCGAUUCGUGACAAUGACCGAGCUGACCGACAUCUAUUCCUCCUCCACUCCCCGUAUAUACGUAAUUAUUUUUACAAAAUCGUAUAUUAUACUCGAAAAUUAAAAAAUAAUAAAUUCGGUCAAUAUGAUAAUUUAAUACCUUAUCAAAUAAUGUCAGGGUAAUAAUACUUAUGUUAUUGAUACAAUAGUAAUAAGUUAGCCUAUACUUAAUUGAUCUAUAAAUAAUAUAUUACUUGUAAUAAUUUGUGUAUAUUCCAACUCAUAUUUUAUUAAAAUCUAUUCUAAUAAAUUUUUAUUUAUUAUACUUAUAAAUUCGAUUCAGCAGCAAUUUUUAACAUAUCGUGUCAAAGGUUAAGUAUGUGCUUUUUGGUGUAAAUUAUAUCAUCGUUGUCUUUAUGAAUUGGAGAAUGUUUACAAAAAACCUAUUAAAACCGGUUUGUUUGUCGGCACUACUUGAGUGUCUGUAAGCUGCAGGGCAUGAACCUUGUCGGUUUCGUUUGAGAAUGAAAAAUUCUCUAUAAAAUCUUUGUGAAUAUUAUAGUUCAACGAAAACUUAUACAAAAUUCCAUUUCGAUUUCUAAUUUUCGUUAUAAUACUGUAAUGAACAUAGUAUAUAAAAUAACAAGAAAACACUUUAUGUGCUUCAGUUUUGUUUUAGGUCUUUUCCAUAUAAUAAAGGUAUAACAAAUAAAAUAUCAAUUUUUACAAAAACCUUUUACCUAUGCUUAAAUCUCUGUAAUAUUAUUGUUAUUUGAUUUUAUGUAUUUUUUUUUAACUUGUUAGUCAUAUACCAUAAUAUUGCACUGCAACCUUGACCGUGUCCCGUUAUACUUUUACCGCAAAAUAACAAAUACAAAAGUGCGCAUGCAUUAUACGUGGUAUACUACGAGUAGACAAUUUCGAAUACAAUUGCUGAUGCAGUAAGAAGAGGUCAUACGUAUUAUAUUAAUAUUAACAUAUUAUUACGCCUUAAAAGAAAUGCUACUCGCUAAAAUGUAAUGACGAAAAACUAUAUAAUUUGUUUUGGUAAAAUACUACAUGAAAGUUUUAAAUGGUGUAAUAGACGUAAAUAUCAUACAAAAUAAAAAAGUAAUAAAGUUAUUGGUAUAAACAAUAAUUAUUAUUGCAUUUGACCACAAACUUAUGCUGACUUUUAUACGUUUGAACGUGAUGCUGAGAAAAAGAAAGAAAACCGAAGAUUUAGCUAAUAUGGCAAAUUCAGAGAGGCAAGCAAAAUAAAACUGAAUCGAGAUAAUUAUGCCGUUUGAAUUACUAUUUUAGUGACUAGUGAUAUGUAUGACUUCCCCUAUUCGGGAUAAGAACUGCAAAGAUGUUAAUCUAUACAAAUUAAUGAACUCAUUUAAUUUCAAAAUUUUCUUGUAAUUGAUGCAUACAUCAUUAUUCGCUUUGUUAUAAAAACUGUUUUUACAUUUCGAUAAAGACCCGAGUAUAUAAUAUAGGGGUAUAAUAUUUUCGGUUUAUACUUUUUAAUAUGAGACACGAGCAGAGACGUAUUCACAUAUAUUUGACACUCCGGGGUACUAUGUUCCUUUAGCGUCUUUAACUAAAGACUAUGAACUAUUUUUUUAUAACACACAUGAAUUUCGUGCUGCACACUUUAUACAUUUUGUCCAUAACUUUGUUUGCUCUAAAACACACUAUGUCGAUAGCCACGAUUCUUCGUCUAUCCCUAUUAGUUUUCAUAUGUCACUGUUGUUUUAUUCAUUUUAGUUUUUUUCUUUUUCUAUACGGUCCGUUUCUUGCCGCCAAAACUACUAUUAUACUAUCGCAUGCGUCGUAUAGCAAAAUAAAAACAAACAAAUGACGUGAAUGUAAAAAAAUUUUACUAUAGUUAUGCCCAGUGGCGGCUCGUGGGUUUUGAAUGAAGUAGUGCACACCCCCCAAAAAAAAAAAAUAUAACCAAUAUUAAACAUAAUAUAUUAUAAAUUGUAUUAAAUAAUUGUUUACAAACUUUAGUUAUUUACCAAUUACCUUUUAUUCUUAUUUCCAUUCUUUACCCAAGCGACAUCAUUAAAUUUUUGACCAAAAAGUAAACAGGGAAAACAAUACAAACGAUUAGUUUCUGAACAACCACAAAUCCAGUCAUAGGUUUUAUAUAUAUUAUUAUUAAAUUUUCUUACAUAUUCUCUCGUUUUACAUUUAGUAAUUUGUUUAAUAUUUAAGUCUGGAGUAGGCCUACCUUUAUUUUUUAUUUCCAUCUUUUUCUCCAACGAGAUUGUUGAAAAAUUGCAUUGCAGUAUUUUUUGUACUGAAUUCAUUUUAAAAAUUGAAAACAAAUACACGAAUAAUAAUAAACGUAAUGUCGGUCGUCGAUAGAAAACAGAAACACGAUUGUUGUUUUGAAUUUCCGAUAAUGAUUGACUAGCCAAUAUUAUCAGCUGAUAAUCGGAAUAUAAUAAAUGAAUGAGAGUCAAAAUAAACUAUAAUGCUGAUGCCGACGCGCAACGACACGGCGACGUCGAAAAUAAUUCGCUGAUAACAAUUUAAUUGGUUUUGUGCACAGAAACAAAUGUGCACACUAAUUCCAUUAUAACGCGGAUUGCGUGUUUCGGCUUGUUUUAAUUUUUACACUGUACAAAUGUGCACAACGAUUGUGUGCACAACUCCCACCACUAUAAUGCACACCGAUACUGUUCCGUCGCGGACAACAGUCCGGCUAUUUGGCAAUCGAAAUAACGCAAACUAAAUAUUAUAUUAUUUUCAUAAUAUUCUGAAUUUAUAAUUUUAUAUUUUGAAAAAUAAUCUUAAUAAUACUACAGGUACUUAGUAGUUAGUUGUAUAAUUAUGAUUUAUGUUUUCAAUUUUUCUUGAGUUUGGGUAGGUAGUGCACGUGCGCUUGUGCACAUAUAAACGAGCCGCCACUGGUUAUGCCUAUCUCAAAGAAUGCUAAUAUAUUGUAUUAAAUAACAGAUAUACAUCAUUACAAUACAACGGAGGUUAUCGUUUGCUAAAGUAUUGUAAAUCAUUUACGCAUCAAUAUAUUGAACAAUAGGUAAAAAUAAGCUAUUUAAAAAUGUGUAAAAGUUGCAAAAUGAAUCAACAAAAACGUGUUUAAAUUACAAAUAUAAUUUUUCAAAACCCAGAGUCAAAUUGUACCAUUAUCCGUGUAAAUUAAUAUCUAUUUACUUCACCCCGCGUGUUAAACUUUUCCAAAUGUUUUUGGAUAUUGUGUCCAAUGGCGUUCGGGUACUUAUGAAUAUUUAUCUAUUCGUACGGCCCGAAGACAAAUCGACAUUACAGCAAGUCUAAUAUUAAUCGAUGAAACAAAAUUGAAAAAUUUAAUUGAUGACGUUUAAGGGAGGAAGUUGUGGGUAGCUCGCUCGCGGCCCUCCCCGCGUAUACACUAAUCGAGAUUAUAUCCACGUGAUUUAACAAGGAUUCGCGUGUCUACCGUUCGGCGCCGAUAUCCUGCAGCAGUUCAAAUCAACAUCGUUAAAAGCCAGUAGGCAUAUUAAUGAGUAUUACAAUACUCGUCAUGGUGGUCGUCAGCCUUAUACGAUCCAUAGUCGACGCGAAGUAUGUGCGGACGGUACGCAAACGUCUUAGUCAAAGGUCGAAAAAAACGACGGUGCGCAUGCGUAAACGAUCCGGUAUAUCCCAUUGAUAUCGUUGCGAUAUAAUAAUCAUUUAUAAUGCCGCGCGCGCGCGAGAACGGUAAAUCGACGACGUGAAAAAAACUACGGUGGAAAUUCGACGUGGCGCCGCGGUGGUGACCGAACCGACGACCCGCCAAAGACGGACGAUGAAUGAAGAAGGUUUGGCACCGUGGGUUUACUUUCACUAUAUGUCAUUAUCAUUAUUAUCAUUAUUAUUAUUAUUAUUAUACUGUAAUAUAGCGGAGGAGACCCACUUAUUACGCGCCGCGUGCUCUACGACCAAGAUUGCCCUGUUGGCAUACCGCGCGAGUAUCGAUCAAUUUCACUCCAGGAAACGCGCGCGAACUCGCGCACACACAACAUAGCAUACACACAUACACACACUGCCUAUACGUAUAAUAUUAUUAUUGAUACAAACCGAGCUGUGUACGCGGUUCUCGAAAGCGGUCUUUUAUAUAAGAAAGUUGUUGAUGGGUGGAAUGUAUUGUAUACCUAUAAAUAGUAUUUUUGUCGUCCGGUAUAUUCGUGCGUACGUCGAACUUUUCCCGCGUGUAUAAACGGGGUGAUGAUACGGGAGGUACGGUUAUUCGUAAACGAUAAGGCCGAAUAAUGAUGAGGUAAUAGAAUAACGGCCCGAAAGCGUGAUUUCGAUACCUGUACGGCCAUAUAUUUAAAUGUAAAAUUGAUUCGUCCGGGGACUUUGGUGAAUCUGAGUCGGCAAACGGAUGAAAUUAAUCGAAAUCAAACCCCCAUUCGUUAUAAGCGAAAUCGUGUCUGGUAGGCUUUUAUUUCGUGUGCACAUUACCCGCCCUAAAAUCUUUCCGGACCACAGUCGACCUACCCUAUAUAUUAUUUCAUAGUUGUACGUUUUUUUUAGAUACUCAAUUGAUUUAUAUAUUUAUAUUAUUUUUUUUUUUUUUUAUAAUAGAAUUGUAGGUUACUGUCUUAAUUGGUAGAUAUAUUAUAGUCCUUUUCAGUAACGUAUCGGAGAGGGAAGGUAUUAUUGAGGUUUUAAAUAUUGACUGUUAUUUUUCUUGUUUUUUUUUUUUUUUUUUUUUUUUUUUUUUUUUUUCUGUUAACCCGUAGUCAUAACCGUCUGGUAGGCGUUGAUUGGGCGAUUCUCGUUACGCCACUAGUCAUCCAUCUGCAUAAAUCAGUGGUCCUAGCUUGGCCCACUGGAAUAAAAUAUAUCCCGGCGCCGCUACUGUCUACGUGCGUGCAGUGUGCGACCGGGCCGCGUUACCGAUAACGGUUCUUAUCAAAAAAAAAAAAACCAAAAAGAUAUCAAAAAUAACCGACGAUGCGCGACAGUGGCGGCGGCGUCGACGGCGGUUCGAACGGUACGUAUAUGACGUCGCGAUAAAGGGCAAGGUCGGCGACCACACGCUAUUUUUUAACAGUCGCUCCCAUAUUGGCGCGUGAAUGUAGGUAAAUGGUACGUCGACUCGGCAUUAUUGCAUCACACGGAAUAUUAUACUAUUAUUGUUAUUUCUCCGCGGAAAACGAAUAUUACACACACAUACACACACACACACGUCGAUCGAUAAGGAAUGUCUUCGAAUCGGUUUUAUAUUGUUGUCGAUUUCGUUUGUUAUUGUUGUAAAAUAUUGGUCGCUAAUCGACGGGUGGGAGAGAAGAUUUAAAAAAAAAUAAUAAUAAUAGUAAUAUUUUUUUUUUUUAUCUCGCCGGUUCUCUCGCUCCUCUUCCUCCGUAUAUACCCAUCGCAUGCCUCGCGACUCGAAAACGUCUCAUAAUAUUCUCUUGUUAUUAUCAUAAUAUACACACAUAUAUAUACUUUGUCCCUGUGUAUAAUAUCUAUGUGUCGGUGGCGACGCGUACCUAUAGAGAAAGUUCACCGUGUGUGUGUAUGCGUGUUCGUGCGCAUGUGUAGGCAGCCUAUAAUAGUGUUUAUUAGAAGUGUACGUCGUCGUCGUCGUCGUGUGUGUUUCACAAUUAUUAGACGCUUGUUCCGGAAGACCUUUCACGCAAUGCUGCGCGCGCGUAAACAACGAAUUUUUAUCUUUAUAUUAUUAUUAUACUGUGCGUAUAUUAAUAAAUAAUUGGCCGCACUCGGACACCGUUUAGAUUUUUAGAGAGCCAUCGUUGUCUCUUUUUAUUCUUUACACACGUCAUCUUAAUCCGCAGUGGUGACAAAACUCGCUAUAAAUUCGUACAUAAAUAUAUCUAACCCAUUUGUGUAGGCUACCAUUUUUCCGUAUUAUAUAACUCAAUACAAAUUCCUUCCCACUUGGUGCAGACUAUUAGAGCUUAUACUCAUAAGCAGUGUAGUUAAAAAAUGCGUUUGUGUUUGAAAAUAAAUCUUUUUAUUAUAUCGAUAAGAUCGAUUAUCAAAAAUAGAUAUUAUUAUUUGUUUUUGUCAUCGUACUGGAAAUAUCUAAGAUUUCUUAAUAAUACCGUAUUUUAUCACGUUUAUUUUUUACCCUCCAUUUUCUAUUUGAUUUCUGCUGUUUCGGCAUAAAAUGUUUUUCGGAUUCUAUAAAACUAACUAAAUAAAACAUAUAUUUUCGUUUUUUCGUGUUUAUUAUACGCGACCAUUUCGUUAGGUAAUGUUGAAAUAUAAUUGCUAUUAAAUGGAGGAUUUUCAGCAUUCUGUUAAACUGUAUCCAAAUACGGAUCAACAAUCAAAAUUUAUAACCAAUAUUUGUUUUAAUGCUCGACCCAUGCUGUUUUCUAUCGAAAUAACAUUCCUCGCCAUGCUAACGUCUUCUACGCGUCUGAAUUUGUACCACAGAGAUAGUACAUAUGUAUAUACCAAUUUAUAAUACAAAAACCGUGUGCUCAUAUUCGUAUGUUGUAAUUGUUUUAUCAAUCGCGAAGCGAGCGGCUUUGAAGAAGACAUAAAUUGAUAUUACCUAUGAUUAUCGGGCCAGUGGAGAUUUUGGAUUUGCUAAAAUAUAACGAAAUUUCGCCAAUGCUGAUAAGUACUAAAAUAUAAUUAAUAAUUAUAUUACUCGUAUUAUAAUUUUAACUGUAAAUUACUGUAAAAAUGUAUUACGUUUAGAAAUUACUCGGAAAUAUUUUUUUCUCGGCGUAGGCCUAGAGCAUCUGUUAUGUCAUGAAAAUAAAACAACUCUAUUAAACAAAAAAAAACACAUUAUUACAUAUUAUUACAAUAUUAAAUAAUCGUAUUACGAGUGUUUCCUAAUAAUAUAAUUAUUAUCAUUCUUUCCGUCGUCACAUUAGUUUCCGUUAACUUGAAUACCUGUAUUAUAAACGCGGGAUUUUUUUUUUUUUACGUAGUCAUCAAACACAAUAGAAAUGACAAAAUUUACACCGAGUAAACAUCAUCGUGUUUCGUCGACAAAAAUCUUAAAGUACAUUGUUUUAAAAAAAAAAAAAACAAGUUUCUAUUUACAUGUAACGACAGUGUUCACACGACCUUACGGGUGUUUUACAUUUUUGUUUGUUUUUUGUUGUAUUUGCAACAGACCGCGUUGUGUAUUCAUUACUCAUUUCAAGGAAUUACUGCAGUGAUAAUUGUGCAUCCCGGUUAUUGUAAUAGCCAGUUCUCUAUAACAAAACUAUUUCUCAAUUGUUAUACAAUUUCUGACGGAAUUUUGGUGAUGUCAUUUUUUUAAAAUAAAAUUUCAUUUUGUGAUAAAAAAAAAAAAAAAAAAGUUAAAACGCAUCCUAUUAUUAAAGAAAAUAAACUCGAUAAAAGGUUACUGAAAAUACUUACGUACUCGUAGCUGAUAGCAUAUUAUAUUCAGUGGAUAUACCGAUAAAAGAUUUUGAUAAGUGGUGUUUUAAUGUGCUUUAACUACUGUGUGUGCUUUAACAUAUGGUUUAAUUUUAUUUACAAUUUCUCUGUUUUGAUACAGUUAUGUAAACAUAAAAUUCCUAUUUUUGGUCAUGAACAUAAAGCCAGGUUUAAAAAAAAUAUCAACGUACGUUUACUUAAUUAUGCAAAAGUUUUUGGACCAAAAAAUGUAAUAUAUAUAUAAUAGUCUAUUCUGAAUUUAUGUAAUUCAUUAAAUAUAAAUAUAUUUCAUUUAAAAACUUAAUUACUUUUAAGAAAUAUAUUCGUAUUAUACAUUUGAAUUUAGAUUAUACUUAAUUGUAGUUUUCUUUGUAAAAUGUCACUUAUAAUAUGGUUUAAUUAUUUUAUCUAACAUCUUAAUAUUGUCUCUUGGUACUAUUUUAAAAUUAAUUUGUAUUGUAUCUUUAUUUUUUAUUAUAUUGUAAGUUUACUUUAUAACUUUAAGAACUACUCCCCCAGCACAAACUUUUGCUUAUCGGGGGUGCUGCAACAUAAAUGGAACUUCACCUUACAAACCUGCAAUAAAACAAAGGAGUAAGGCCAAUAUAAGAUAAAAAAUAAUAAUGGUGAAGAGUAGUAAAGAGGCAAUAAAGACUGAAAUAUCUAAAAAAGAAGAAAAUAUUAAUUUAUUAUUUGUAAACGCUGAUAAAUAAUUAUCGCGUAAUACAUUAUAAUAACACGACUCGUCUACAAUGACGUGGGUACAAACUGGGUUAACUUUUACACGGUCCAAAAUUAUGACCCAUUCAUUUUUACGAAUAUUUGCCAAUCCGCGAAUAUUAUAAUAAUAGUAGUAACAUAAUAAUUGAUAUUUAUCAGAUAUUAUUAUUAUUUCACACGAAUCAAAAUUAUUAUAAACCGAAAUCUGUUAUUAACCCACAAUAAUGAUCACGUGAUGACCUUAAAAAGUGAAGAAAAAAAUAUAUAGAGAAGGGCACCGACGGAAUGCCAUAUCGGAACCCUCCGAAAGACACACCCGAGUUAAGACCCAAGGCGCACUGGUAGAAAAAAAAACAAAUAUUCCUACCACAAAAUAACAUGUAUUAAACAUAGAUUGCUUUCACCUGUAAUAUAAUUAUUGUAUUGGCACAAGAUGAACCGACUUUCUAGUUAGGUAAGUAUACUGAUGCGUCCCCCUUCCCUCGUGUGUUAAUACGGGUAAAAAUUUAAUCAAAUAUUCGGGUUCGAAUGUCGGUGUGUACAUUUUUUCGUCGAUCAUAGUGUAACAGUAUUUUAUUUUGCACGAAUCUGUUUUCGCUAAAUAUAAUAUUGUGAUGAUGAUGAUGACUACGAAACGGAAUGAUAUAUUAUUUGCAGACCGUCAUUUUACACGUAAAUGGGUGUAUAAGUCAUAUGGUACGGAUUGUAUAAUAUAGAAAGAUCCGAUUGCGGUUGGCGUCGUUAUGUCUGCGGUUCUAGUAUCGUAUUAUGUUCACGCGUAAAUUUGAUAUCCUCUAAAGAUUUUCGUAUGCCAUCAUGUACAGAACAUGUACAAGGCAAAAAAAAAAAUUAGAAAUAUUGAGAAAUAAACUCAUCGUGAUGACGGUAUUCUUAUAUCCACGGUAUUUCGUCUCGUUACAAUGUUACCUUACAAUGUUUUCCUAGUCAGAGUGAAGUGUGUCCUGGCUAUUUUUUGGGAGAAGGGGAGGAGACUAUCGUAUAAAACAGACGUCAACUGUAUAGUCAUGUGGGGUAGUUGCGUAAAUAUCGUGAAGAAAAUAAUAUUUGAAUAAUGGCAUUGUUAUUACCUACCUGAUAUAUUAUUUCGAGUUACCUAAUCGAUGCUGAAGUUAUAGAAAUAUAAUAUUAUGUUUAAGUGCUCCGAAAUGUUACCCAAUUUUGAUAAUGUUUAGAAAUUGACGACCUACGCACGUUUUGGUAAUUAUAUGGGCAGGUACAACAUAAGUUCCAAUAAACACAAAUUCGAUUAGGAAAAUCAUUUAGAAUUGUUUGUUUAGGUACAUUAUAUGUUUUUGAUUUGUUGAGGGUACUCACGACAUUCCUAGAUAAUAAUUUCGAUAUUACGUGAAUAACAUUAAUAAUAUUUUUUUUUUUGAUAAUGUAACAAUAAUGUGUUCUCUCUUUUCCUACAAGAAAAUGUUUUCGUUACACAAUUAUUGUCUUCGUAUAGUUUAGUUUAAUUUAUAUAUAUAUAUAUUAUAAGUCUGUAUACCCUGUCAGUAAAACUACAUAAUAUAUUACGAUAAUUAAACGGUCAUAAAUCAUUUUGUGGUCUUUAUUGAGCUUUUUUAUUUUUUUUUGUUUUUCAUUAGGUCACGACUAUACGGUGGUGAAAAAAAUAAUAAUUUGGGGUAAUGCAAUUUAAAAAAAAAAAAAACGUUAUGAAAUUCAACGACGGUGAUGGUGAAAUAAUACUACAAUAUAUUUUAUUGUCCGACUGUAUAGUCAAUGGUUAAACAAUCGCGAUGCCACCUAAAUUAAAAUUGAAUGGGAUUAUAAUAACGUUUUUUUUUUGGUUCGUCGAACCCUUGAAAAUUUUUACUUUUAAAACUAUAUUGUUGUUGUUGCGUUUUGCGUUUCGUCGUACGCAUCAUACAAUGCGCUUCUCCGUCGUCGUCGUGCGUUUACUGAUUUAUAGCCAAGUUUUCUAUCGCAUUGGCUUUCGGUAUUGGAAUAAUUUUUAUCAUCUCGUAAUCGAAAACGCAUACAAUAUACAUUUCGAAAUAAUUAUUCUUCUUGGCGCAAAUCGUGGUUUUUAAUAUGUAGGUAGCAUUUUCGUUGAAUUUCUAAUAAGUAAAUAUUCGUUAUUUUCUAUAGAUCGGAUAGACCAGACUGCAGGUACUGCCGCUCCAAUGAAUAUACGUUAAUAAAAUAAUAUAAUUUCGGUUUAUUUGCUUAACGCACAAUUUAAAUGUUUUUAAUUUUAUAUGAUAUAUCUAAACCUAUUUCGUUACUCUGAUCACUAGAGUUAUAGGUUAUAGGAGUUAUAGGUUAAUUUCUAGUCGAUAAUCGAUUAUUAAUUACACUUCAAGCGUUUGAUUUUAUUUACUCGUAUCGCAUGAAACUUGUUAUAAUAAUUUAAGCAUUCUUAUGAGUGAAAAUUACAUAUAAUAUUGAAUUUAAAAGCGAAAACUAUAAAUUCCAAAAAUGUAAUACUUCCCACAAACGACUUGUUAGUAAAUUAAUAUUAAUGUUGCGGCAUAUUUCUUUCUACCGAUUGAAUUGAUUGUUAAGUUAUAAAUUCGUUACGUGUGGAAUUAUGAAUUGAAAUCUAAAUAUAAAAAAAAAAAUGUUAGCACAACUUUUUGCAAUACUUUUGGCAUAUUUUCAAUUUUAUUGCGAGUAUUUUGCAAUAAUUUUAAAAAAAUUCCAAGUAAUUUUAUAUGGUUUUAAUUAUAUUUUUGAAGACAAUCAUUGUGUUUUACACAUUAUUCAUUAAAUUAAAUAAACUAAAUAUCUGUAUACUGUUUCAUUAUGCGACAUUUAUAACGAAAAUGUGUUAUUUUUUAGUGCAAAUUUGUUGGUCUUUUACAUUUUUAACCAAAUAUUGUGCUGAAAUCAAUUUCACUUAAAUUUUACUGCAUCUAUAUUCGAACCCAAUAUCUAUGCUUCAUUCUAUAUCGAAUAGGAAAUAAUAUUAUUUAUUAUAAUCAUAAAUUCUCGAUACAGGUAUAACCCUCUAAUAUAGUAUAUUAUAUUUAAAAAGUACUUAACCAAAAAAUAAAAAAUAAAAAACGAAGCGAUAUAAGAAUAAAAAUAUAAUAACUAUCUGGAAUCCAACGUCCGUGUGUCCUAAAGUAAUUUUAUCACAUCGCUCGGUCGGUUUCGUACAUAGUUAAUGAAUAUGCAUCAAAUUUCGGACCCGUUCUGUGUUAUUUAUUUUUUGGAUAACUAAAAUGAAAAAAAAAACCGGAGUCGUUAAUGAAAUCAAUGCGCAUCUACAUAUAUAUAUAUAUAUACAGGUAUACUCGAUUAUUCGUAUAUAUACUCCCGGUCGUUUCACGAUAGAUAAUCUUGAUGUAGCCGCGUAUAUAAUUAUAUUACUAAACUCGCGAGACGGUUUUAUUUACUUCUUGUUCUCGUAAAACGACACGUACGAUGGUUCCCAACAAGAGUUCAACCCUAUGAUCGUGUGCCGGCCGGUCGUCGGGUGAACGAUCGAACAAGUGUGUCCUACGGCCGCACGUGUUGUGUGUACGAGCGCGCCUAUAUUCUACAGGUAGGCACAACGCCACGCGACUGGAGCGGUCGCCGCCGUCCUUGACCGGUCGCGAGGCUGCGCCCGUCCACGUUUGCUAUUGGUCAUCGCGGCGCGUCAUCUAUAAUAUCCUUUUUGGCCAGUGUGGACACACCUUUAUAAUAUACACGUACGUGUAUUAACAUUAUAAGCGCGCCGAAGAAGUCGAAUCCGUCGCCUCCUAGCUCCACUAUCGCUAGCUGGAAUGCGGUUUCUUUUCACCGAAUAAUAAUUAUUAUGCAAUCUCCGCUGCCGCCUCUUUCUCCUCCUCCUACUGUUCAUCUGCAGUUAGUUUUCCCCACGUUCCCCGGCCCUCUGCCCCGGCGGUGACGUCCGUUUCUCCUCGUAUAGUCGAAAAACUCCCGUGUCCGACCUUGGCCCGCACGACGGCGACUAUAAGCAGUGCCAGUGAUAUUUCGACGUGACGCUACAAGACGACGAAGAUCGCUGUUAAAGUCGUAAAAUAAUUAUAUUCGGAUUAGUAGGGGGAUUUGUAUAUUCUUUUUCAUGGUUUUUUUUUUUUUACCAGACACGUUGCGCAAUACAAUUUAUUGUGCUGCGUUUCGGUUUGCGCGGGAUAUUGGACGCGUUUGCGAAACUUAAAUACAUACCUAUAGGUAAGAUUAUUAGGACGCACCAACAAACGUCGUCGCCCGAUAGGCGAAAGUAUAUUAUAUAUAUAUAUAUAUAUAUAUAUAUAUAUAUAUAGUAAUAGCUGGUAACCGACAUUAUAUGUAUAUAUAUAAAAAAAAAAAUAACACUCGUAUAUUAUGUGUACUGCGGCUUCGGAUAUUCAAGGUUUUUUUUUUAUCCGCACUAACAAAACUAUGUCAGACCACGUUGUUCUAUUUAAUAAAACUUUGAUAUAGACGGAUAAAUCAAUUAUAUCUUCGAGUAAACGGUGGCGUAUUCGACGAUCGAACAACUGGCCGAAAACGCACGUGCUAUACAUUGCUGCUAACUGCUGCGAUUUAGGUCACGAUUUUGCGCGCGGUCGUUAGCCGUGAACGAAAAUACCUACAUACUGCAGCCUACCCUGGUGAACAAAAAAAGCUUUUGAACGAUGUAACAUUAUAGCAUUACUUGAUUAGUCAGUUUUGUAAACAAUAUAGUAAAACAAUAAGUAUAUGUACUUGUAUUUUGUGAGUGUUUAAAAUACGUAUGCUGUAUAAAGGUUUGCAAACAAUUUUAAUGAAUCGUUGGUUGCUCCGUUGAAUCAUUCAAUGUUUUAACAAUUCAUCAACCGUUAAUUAAAUUGAGGGAUCUCCUAAACUGGAGCCAUUAUUUCAUUCAUAAUUCCGAAUUUUAAACCUGGUACUAAAAAUGCUCUUUUCACUGAUGUUAGUCAAACACUUGUGGGUGAUGAUUAGGGCUUAUAUUAAAAUAAUACUAACUUAAAUCUGUCAAAAGUAAUGGUUUUAUUUUCAACCCGUUUCGUAUUCACUAAAACUAUUUUACAAUUUCCAGGCGAUUCGAGUGUAAGCUUUGCUUUUAUUAUAUAUUUUCGUAACUCAAAUGUUAAAACUGCAUUUUAAAUUCUGAUUGGAGUGAAGAAGCUUAUGGUUUUACAAAGAUGUUUUAUUUUAUUUUUUUUUCUGUAAACAAUUUUUCUAUCAGAGAACUUGUUCCGAUUUUUACUUGUAGCAUCUUUUUUGAAAGGAAGGUACUUUAGGGAGGUCAUUUUUUGAUUUUCUCAAGUUUUGUCAUCAAAUGCGAAAAAUCGUAAAAAAAAAUGAAAAAAAAAAAUUCUUCUAUGUAAGUAGUAGUUGUAAAGUCCAUUUAAAUAUUUUCUCUUCUUUGCGUUUAUUUAUCAACUGCAAUAAAUAUCUCAAUUUUCCAUUGUGGUUAUCAUUAUUAUAUCUUAACCUUGGUACCAUAUAUAUAACCAUAUAAUUUAUUCAAACUAAAUAUUAAAAAAUAAUAAUAACUUGUCAAUAUACGAGAAAUGUCACAAAAUCUAAAAAUAGUAAUGUUCGUUCGUUAAGUUUUUUAUAUUGCUUUUAGAAGUUUUUAUAUAUUAUAUUUUUUUAACAAAAUACAAAAACACAAUAUUUUAAUAUUAUAUGCGUUAUUAGAUUCCUUAAAUUAAAAUUCUCAAUGACUUUGCUAUAAACAUAAUAUUUUGAGCCGAAUAAACUGAAUUUAAAAGCCAAUAAAAUAUCACAAGUUAAUAUCAAGUAUUAUGUUAAAAGUAAUAAAUCACAUAAUAAUUAUUGUUAAAACAUUUAUUAUUAUUACUAUUAUUGGUCUUUAAAUUAAGGUUUUUUUUUUUUUUACUUUGUAAUUUAAUAGUUUAACGAAUUGAUGAAUUAUUUAUGAUUCCAAUUGAUGGUAUUAUACCAUGGAUACCGUGGUUACCGUGGCCAGCAGAAAUUAGUAUCUACGAAAUAAUAUAUCGGACAGUUAAAUUAAAAAAAAAAAAAAAAAAAAUGAAAGUUUGUAUCGGUCGAUCAACGCAUAUAUUAAUAUUUUGGAUAGCUAUACAUUUAUUUUCCCCGCGGGCCGAUUUAGUCCCAAAUAAAACUACAGUCAUCAAUGACGUAAAAUAUUAAUUAUUACUUUUUUGUGAAUCGCUGUGACCUCAGAGCAGCAGUCGCGAUAAUAUAGUUUCACAAAAUAUCAAAUACACGUUGCACUAUUUUGUACUAUAUAGUAAUAUUAUAUUUAAAACGAAUAGUAAAAUAACAAUAUAUCAUCUUCUUUUUUUCGUGGUCUUCAAUUGGUUGGCCGCAGCUCUUCUUGAUUUUAUACUUAUAAUAUCUGCCAAAACUUUUUGAUUUUGGGUCCUUCUAUUCCGGUCAGUUUACAAAUUUGCAAUAUAAUGUAUUCAAUGUCUAAAUACGAACAAACGAAUAUUCACUUAUUACUAGGAGUUCUAGUUUUUGUAUACUAUGUUUUUUUAUUAUAAUGUGUUGAUUUUACUGUAAUGUGUCUUCCUUUUUUGUAUCUGUUAACAGUUUUCUUUACCUGAAAAUAUGUUCCUAUAAAAAAAUUUUAAAGGAACACUCUUGUUACAUUUUUAAUCUAGUUGGAGAAAUAAUUUUUUUUAUUUUCCUUGUAGAUUUCCUAAUAAAUGGGAAAAUUGACAUGUAUACGGUUUUUUGAUUUCUGUAUUACCUUUGGCAACUAGGGAAAAAUACGACUAAUAAUACUCUGCUCAUAAUCAUUUUCGUAAGCAAUGUUUUAUCGUUGCGUACAAAUAUAAAUUAAAUUACUGUAAUAUAUAUAUAUAUAUAUAUCUUUCCUUCUAAAUAAACAAUUACACGCCUUUCAACAGUAUCGGUAAUUUUUAUUUUUUUAGAAAGAUUUCUAAUUACAUAGAUUGAGUAUAUUGGUGACCUCCGAGUACUUUUCAUAUUGAUUUUGUUUUAAAGCGAUGAUCGAUUAUUUUUUUUAUAAAUACCCAUAAUAAAUCUUGUAUAUUAAUGUCGCUUCGCUAUAUGUGAACGUUCACGGACAUUAGUAAUCACGGUUUAGUAAUAUUUAUUUAUUUUGGUGUUUAAAAAGAAAUAUAACGUUAACACACUCGGAUAGUUUCACUUGUAUGUGUACGUAAAUUAUGUUAAUUUUUCUGUCUCGAAUAUUCUGAUGUCAUUUACCUUCGCCCGGGAGUCACGAGAUAUUAUAUUUUUUGUACAUAUUUAUAACAGGGCGCUCGAGUUAGGCAAUUCCCGGUACCUCCGCGACGCAAGUCUGCAACCGACAACGGAAUUCUAUAUUAUUAUCAUAAUUUUUCUUGUCCGUUCUCACUUAAAAACAAUAACGUGUAGCGUAUAGUGAAAGUAUCUUCACUGUCGCAUGAUGCGUAUUAUACUUAUAAUAUUAUAAAGAAUCGAAUUGAACGUUAAUAAUCGAUCCGUUUUGUUCAUGACGGUAUAGGUCCGUUAAAAAUAUUAUUUUAGUGUUUGUUUACCACCGUAUUUAUACACUUUGCCACCUCUCUCCUCUGUCAUCUGUCUUGAACUACCUCUCUCCAGUUUUCGACAUUACUUUUUUAAGCUUUUUCCAAAAGUCAAUUCGUCUUUUCUUGGGUUUUCCUCGGAAUUUUCAUUCCGAAUUGCGGUCCAAACUUUAUCGUUUUCUUCUCUCUUUAUUACGUGACCUCACCACAUGUUAUCAUAUCAUUUUUCCUUUAACGAAGCGUGUCAUCUGGAACGUAUUCAGUAGGUAGGCCCUGGCAGGCCUAGGCCUACCCAGAUUUUCUAUCAUUAAAAAAAAAAAAAAAACUAACUAUUAUAUAUAAAAUAAAAAGCUCGUAGAUUUUUUUAGACUGUGAAAAAUUAUAUAGUUUUGAAAAAACUUUUUCAUUUUAUCAUUCUGAUAAAUUUUUUAUCAAUUUAAAAUAUCAAUGAACAUUGGGUAAAACAUUAUUUCCAUCUUGUUCUGGUCUUUCUGAACUGUUUUACAAAGUUAUCAAAUUGGAUUUGAAGAAUAGUGUUUAGUGCUUCAGUGGAAAGUUCUAAACUAAAUGGUUUAACGUUAAAAUUCAUAGCAAAAGAAAUAAAUGAACAAUUUAUUGAUAAUCCGUCGGCUGUUAUGGACGAGUUUGCUGUCAUAAAGAAAGAAUGAUUGGAAUUUUUACUUUAAAAGCAUUUUAUAAUUGGACAAUAUGUUUAUUAUUAUAAAUUACAAGUAUAUUAAUUAUAACUUUAUUUUGUAAAACCCUCUGGUAUUCAGAUAAAUACACAUUUUAUCUUCUAAAAUUAUCUACUUUUUUGUUGGUUAAAUUUGUUUUAAGAAUGAAUUAUUAAUAAGAAUAAUCAUUGAUAACUUUGAAAUUAUAGAAGGCUAAUAUAAAAAUUGGGAUAAGUCUCCAUUUCCAUCUAUGAGCAGAAGGUUUAUAAUGGGCCUACCUAAAAGAAAAUUCCUAGCUAUACCCCUACUUAUCACCGGUACAUCUCUAUAGUCGAACCUUAUUCGUCAGUUCCUUGUUGUUCCAUCGAUUUACUUGUUUUUCUUCAUAUUUCUAUGUUCUCGAAAUUUCUCAAUCUUCUAUCUGCCCAACCCUCAAAAUUAUAAGUGAGAGUUUAUCAUAUUAUAGCUAUUACGUGUUUUAUUGUUGAAUAGUGACAUGAUAUAAAUUCAAAAUUAUUAUAUGUAACGGAUAUGCAAAACUGUCGUUUUGUCGUAAAAAUAUUAUAAAUUAAUACCAUUUUUAUUACCUACCUACACGAUUCGUUCUUACUAGACGUCUAUUAUUUUAAGAGUUAGACAUAAUCCCACUUUAUGUUUGUCGUUAGUUUAUGUGUGACAUUUCGUUUAUAGGAAGGUGUUAUCUACUAUUCAGAAAUAUUAUACGAGUAUUGUAUAAGUAUUGAUUUUGUCGAAUAUCCGUGUCUGAGUUACACUGUACUGUGCAUAUUAUUAUUAAUUAACUGUGACGAAACGUCACACUACACAGUAAACUUUCAAAGACAAUAUAAUUAUAAAACAAAAUAAUGUAGUUCUUUUAACAACGACGACGUUGUGGUUUUAAUAAUAUAAUAUAUUAUUUGUUGUACGGAAAAACUUAUAAUAUUGUUUGUUCAAGUGUUUGUGUGUCUGAACCUUUAUUUACUGUAAAAAUAAUUUUUUGAUCUUUGUACAUUUUUUCGAAUUUUAUUUUUUACAGGUAGCCAUGGCUGGUGAUUACAUAUUGGCCGUGACGUCCAUGAUGAUCGCCAGACUCAAUCACAACGACGUCACGAUCACGCUUAGCCAAGUAUGUGUGUUUAUAACUUACCUUGUUAUCCUAUCUACAUAAAUACGUAUACACAUUAUCGAGAACGGCAUAAAUUUAAAACAUUUACAGAUCAUCACUGACUUGGUUCAAGGGGAAUUUAUGCAGCUUGGCUCCAAAGAGACCGAGAACGAAAGAUUUGCUCAUUAUUUAACGAAAACUUACAGAAAAACGGCCAGUCUCAUUGCGAAUUCAGUAAAAGCUGUAAGUAUAUAUCUAGUAAAUAUAUUUUUACUAUAACAACAAUUAAAAAACGUCAUAUUGUAAAAUUAUGACUUCAAGAUUUUUUGAUAUUCUGACCCACCGAAUAAUUUUCUUAUAAUAUAUUAUGCAGAUGUCGAAUUUAAAUUUUGAAUAUCAAUAAAAAAAUAAUAAUAAGAUUUUCGUGUUGAUACUAUUACUAUCUUAUUUUUGACAUAUUUAAAUAAAAAAAAAAAGGACGGACAUACUUCGUACGUGAGUGUAGCCACUCUUGUAGAAGGGAAGUUGGGAAUGUAAGAUAUAAACGAUAAUUUAAUGUAUAUCUGUAAGCAACCCUAAACUAUUGAUUAAAACGACUUUGAGCGGAGUUCAAUUGAUAGUGUUGCCUUGUCAACAAUAUAUAUGUCAAAUUAUAAUAAAAUGAUUAUAACAAUGUGUGUUUCCAUGAUAACAAUGAUUGUUUAAAAAAAAUGAAAAUAAUAAAAACUUAAUAGGUAAUAACAAAAAACCAAAUGAAAACAGUUGCCUUAUUUUUAAUCUUUUUUAACCUAAAGAACCAGGUUUUUAUCAUUAUCUCAAAUAUUAAUGAGAAUUUUAAAAAAUGACCUCUCUAAAGUACCUCUCAGAGAACAUUUUCUUUCAGAAAAGAUGCUAUACUUAAUAAUCGGAGUAAGCUUUCUGGUAUAAAAAGUGUUCACAUAAAAAAAAAUAAUAAAAAUAAACAUUAUUGUAAAACCAAUACAUUCUUCACUAAACUCAUAAUAUAAAAAAAUAAAAAAACGAAUUUAAAUAUCCAUUAUACCGUUCAAUAUAAUUAAAUAACAUUUUUAAGGUUAACCCUCUCAGAAAGGAACUCGAUUUUCUAUUUUUGAAUUUCUUUUGAUACAAUUAUCGAAUUAUAAAUGUGUUAUUAGUACCUACUUAUACAUUUAAUAUUUAAAUAAAUAAAUAAUAAACUAAAGUGUAACGUAAUUAAUUGAGUGUCUAGUUUUUAUAGGUUUUUAAGGUUUAUUUCUAUAUUAUUUGCAUAUUAUUAUCAUCUAUUGAAGAAUAUUUAUCAUUUUUUAAAUUAAAUACUAACAUUAAUUUAAGUAGAAAUACAAUUUUGAUUAAAUUGACAUAAUACAUUUUUUGAAGUCUAGUCAAAUGAUUAUAAAAUACUUUUGUGAGUCAAAAAUCUAACUUCAAGUUUUUUUAUAUCAAUUUUCAGUUUCAUUUUGAGUUCCUAUUUACACGAUCGAAUAUAAAAUUAAAUGGUUGAACAUAUUUUUUAAUGAAUUUGUGUUCUCGAUGAUUCCUGUCAGCCUUCGUUCCCGAGAAUUACGUAUCACCAAUUACAUUAUACCUACGUAUUUAUUUUCACCCAUGUCUUAAGUAAAAUCUUAUUUAACUUCCUUCAAUUCAACAUUUUGGCUUCGCCACUGGUUAAAAUUAAAAUGAGAGAAAAAUUAUAAUUUGUUAGGUGCGUAUUUUAUUGAGCCGGAUAAAUUUUAAUCUCACGUCCUAAAUUUUAUUCCCACUCCGUUCCUGGAAAUGAUUAUGUACGAAAGUUAUACUAAAUUAUACUGAAAGUGAUAUUGUGUUUCGAAAUAUGAUAAUGUCAAAUAGGUUGUAAUUAUCAAAAUAAAAAUUGGCAAUGUGCGUAUUAAAAUUCAGCAUAUUAUCGAAUGGUCUACAAUGUAGUAAUAUCUCGUGCAAAUACCUAACCUAUAAUCGAUUUAGUUUUAUUGUAAACUAACGUUUUUUUUUAUUAUUAUUAUUAUUAUUAUUCAUUAACCAAUCGCUCACGUACUAUAGGUAAGUACUUGUAUAUAUAUUAUUACAUAUUUUACUUCGAAUUAUUAUUAAUAACGUUCCGGUUGCGCUUGGCCUUAUUUCUUUAAUAAUCGUAUCGUAUUAAUUGCUAUACGGUGCGAGAUUUACAACGUUUGUCCGAAUUCCCGACGGAGAAUAUUUUCAUAUGCGAUAAAUCUUCAGAAGCGUGUCUUGCACACACCGUUCAUUUUCCCCUAGAUACAAGUAUAUUAUCUACCUUCACGUGUGAAACAAAAUAAUUUCGGUACACAUAUUAAUUUUCACUACUUUCUUGCGUUUUUAAUGAACGUCUCGAAUUUCCAUUUUUUUUUUUUUUUAACGGAUGGUUAAAUCUCUAGGUUACAAUGAAAUACUUACCGAUACAUCCAUGUAUAUAAAACGUGCGUAUAAAACUGGUAUGAAUAUGGUUUAGUUGUUGUAUUUUUUUAAAUUCGGAGUAUAACGAGGAAUGUAUACGUUUUACAAUGAUGUUUAUUUUUUAUACGUAUAGAUUCUUUGAACAACUAUUUUUGGACUACUAGAAAUUUUGCUCCGGUGUAUCAAGUGUAGGACCUUUUAGAAAGGAAAUUUCAUCUACUUGGUAAGUUAAGGAAAGUAAUUUUUUGAUUUUCUGAGUGGUUUCUAUAAUAAUUGGAAAAAAAAAAACGUAAGAAAAUCGGAAAAAUUUAGGAAAAUAAUGUUUUUAUAAUUUUAAAUUUUGAUUUUUUUAAGCGUGGUAGCAUUUUCAAAACAUUUGUGCCAUUUUUGAGCUAUUUAUAGACAAUUUAAUUUUGUUAGUUUUUUACGUAAUUUGUAUUCGGUAAGAAUUCUGUAAAUAAAAUGAAUACACUUAAAAGAAAUGCAUGACAAUUUACAAACAGGAGGUUCAUUGUAAGUACUACUUUAUGGUAAAAAAAAAAAUUAAGUUUAAUGUAGUUCUUUUUUGUACAUAAGAAUUUUAAUAUCAAAUGUUGACGAAAAUCAUAAAUAUUACGGCCUUUCGAAACAUGUAUAACUACUAACUAUGUCUGAUAUUUAUAUAUAUAUAAUAUAUAUUAUAAAUAUAUAUUUGGACAAGUCAGUGAUAUUAUUGUAAUCCGGUUAAGCUAUACAAACGCAAUCGAAACACAAUGUUAUAAUCAGUAUUAACGACGGCGCUCUUUUCGUUAAGUGACGGUUUUAAAAAAUUAUAGAAUCGACGACAAACGCAUUGUCAUCUAUUCGAUCGAAAUCGAUCGUAAAUUAUUUAUAUUACGAAAGAAAGUUGAUAUAAAUUUCGCACGCCGACCGCAACAAUUUCUUAUCGUAUAAUAUACAUACUUAUAAUAAAUUAUUUCGAUAUUGUCGCGCAAACCAUGGAGUCAUCAAUUUUAAUGAAAAAUUAUUAACGCGUUUUAGACAAGGAGCUGAAGAAACUUACAUAAUUAUUAUAUGAUAUGUUUUUGCGGUCAAAAACCAAUAAAAAUGAUUAAAAUAUUCCCCCUCCCCUCCAAAAAAAAAAAAAAAAAGAAACGAUUUCGUUAAUGUAAAAAUUUAAUUUUUAUUUUUAAAAAGCAGUAGUUACACAUAAUAACAUAAUAAUUAAAACAUCAAAAAAUUUAAAUCAUUUGAAAUUACAAAUCACGAAAAAAAAUAUAAUAAUUAUAAUGUACAUAUAAAAAACACGAUAUGAUUAUUCAUAAUAAGUAUAGAUAUUAAAAAAUUUUAAAAAAACGUGAAAAAUAGUUUAGUAAAUUUGAAUUAUUAAAAGCAACAUUGUAAUCGAUUAUGAUAAUGAUAGUAAUAUAUCAUCAUAAACCACAAAAUGUUGCGUUAAAAAUGUGUUAGAUUAAAACUAAGAACUUCAUUUAAUUAAAAACGUAUAAUACUCAUAUGAAAUUACCGUGGGAUUUUUAUUUUAAACAAAUAUAAUAUAUUGUUGCGUUCUAAUAAUAUUUUCGGGAAAAAAACGGUUUAAACAACGCACUGAGAUCGGGUGAUGAAAAUUUUCACGAUUCGUUACACGAUUUUUGCCUGCAGUGGUUGUACGAACGGGGUCGAGUACUCGUUUCGGUAUAAACUUUGCCGAUAAAAUCAUACACACACGGCAUGUUAUUAUUUUUUUUUUUUUUUUGUCGGAGAUUGUGAUAAUGAAUUUUUAAAAAGAAAAAAAAUAUUGCGUAUAUUAUAUAUAUAUAAUAUUUUAAUAAUACGCGCCGAACUAAUAUAUACCUGACCAAUAACCAUUUUUUUUAAAUUUUACUCGUAUUUCUUUUAAAUAUAACAGUUUUAACCAGAAAUAACAGAGCAAAACGUAACCGUAUUUCUUUCAUUUUUUUUUUUUUUUUUAUUCAUGGCAAUAAAAUAUAUAGACCUUCUUUAUAAUAUAUUGUUUAAACUAUAUAGGCCUAUUAACUCUAAUCCGGGGUAUCCAGAAAGAAAAAAAGACAUUUAUCAUGGUUUUAUUUCCCCAUAAUAAGCAUUGAUUCAUCGAAAAUCAUAAAUAUUAUAUAUCAUAAUAUACUGUAUGAGGUCAUCCGUGGUAUAUUUAUGAUAAAUCAAUAUUUUUCACAAGGAAAACAAAUAAUAUUUCGUUUUUCAUCCCGGAUAUCUUUUUUUUACUUGUGUACAGAUAUAUCUGCUUGAAUUUUUUUUUCGGAACACAAAUACGUCCACUGUCUACAGUUAUUACUUAAGUUUACGAUUUAAAAUUUAGAAACGUGUUUAUACAUUAUAGUUUAUUUUUUUUUUUUAGGGAUUAUACAUCUGUCUCGAUUAGUGUCGAUCACGAUAAUGAUUAAAAGCAGCUAUAUAUUAUAAAUAUGAUUAUGGAAGACGUAUUUUAGAUAUGAAUUGCGCAUUUGCAGUAUACAGGGUAGUAUCUGACGAUUAUAUAUAUGAUCAUUGCGAUAUCUUGAAAUGUAUUAACUUUUUUCGAUGUUUAACGAGGUAAGGAACAAGUAACUCUUAAAUGUUACAUUACCAUUAUUUUUGAUCACCUUUAUUUUAGAGGGUGAACUGAUUUACCCACUUUUUACUUUUAAAUGUCAACCUUUAUUCCAUAAGUAGACAAAACAUUAGUUUAAAUACAUGUUGGUGUUGAAAUGCUGUAUUUGAUUCCGAGGUAUUCCUCUUUUGAGUUUGUAAGGUUAUCGGUUCACUACCAAGAAUAAGGGUAACAACAAAUAACGGUAUAAUGCAACAUUUUAGAGCUACUUAUUUUUCAAAAUGUCAAAAAAAAAAAGUUAACACUUUCCAAGAUAUCGCAAUGAUCUUGGAAAAUAUUUUCAUGGGAUACACCAAUAUAAAUAUUGGAAAUUCCCGGAAAGAAAACUCAACUGGUAGUUAUUUCUGUACUAGAUAUAUGUACCUAAAUAAUAAAAUCACUACUGCCUUGAGUAAAACGUCCUUGGCACAUUCUUAUGUUACCCCAAAUAUCUCAAAUUUAAGUGUGUAAAAACUUAUGUAUGAUUGUACCUAAAUUUUUAUCCAUAAUCAUCGAUGCGGGUUUUUUGUUUUGUUUAUUAUAUCCUUUUAUAAAAUAAUAAUAAUAAAUUGACGGUCUGUUUUCCGCCGCACAGGAAGCAAUGUUGGCCGGUGCCGACGACAAACUGGUAGACGUAUCGUUUGAGUACGGCCGCAACAUCGGGCUGGCGUUCCAGCUGGUCGACGACCUGUUGGAUUUCGUGUCCAGCAAAGACGCCAUGGGCAAACCGACGGCCGCCGAUCUGAAACUGGGCUUGGCUACUGCUCCAGUACUGUUCGCCUGCGAAAAGGUAAAUACAUAUAAAUAAUACCCAUUUUAAUGUAUUGUGUUUUUUUUUUUUUUUUGCAAAUAAUAUUAUAUUUCCAGUGUUGUAAACCACGACACCCAUUCUCUUAAAAACGAUUUAAAUUUAUACAAACUGUAUGGCUGGAUCGAUGUGUAUGCAGUUCUGUAAAUAUUUUACGAAGACGUAAUAUUUGUAUUUUAUUUCGUAUUAUAUUUAACGUCGUUACACCAAAACUGCAGUAUGAAUUAAAAACGAUUGUUUUUUAUUUUACUUAAAAUGUUCUAUGCCAAAAAAUUAAAAUUAAAAUAGUUUUUUUUUUUUUUUAAUAUUCUAUAAAUUGCUAUUAGCCAAAUUGACAAAUUCGUGUGCCAAACCCGCUUGUUCUAUUACAAACAAAAACAUGUUCGAAGGUAAAACUAAAGUCGUAUACGUUUUCAAUUGCGUUUCAUAUUUAAAUUGCAAUUUACUUUGAAUUUAUUUUCUUGUUUUGUCCGCAUUAUUGAAUUUGUAAGAUUUUUUAUUUUUUUAAUAAUAAUCACCGAUUUUAAUCCUAAAUUUUUGUAUAAAACAAAAAUUAUUGUUUGAAAAUCAAAAAUGCGAAAUAUAAUCUUCUAUAGGUAGCUUUAAUAAAAAAACAUAAAUAUUAAAUUUUUAGGCUUACCAUUAAAAAUAAAAUAUUACAAAACAAAAAGCCGGCUAUUAUAAUAUAAAUGUACAAUAAAUUAUCGCCCCAAAUAAGAUGGUACUUACAAAAUUCCUUAACAAUACAUUUUUUUUUUUUUAGAUUUAUGCAACUGGUACCUAUUUUCACAUUUAUUGCCGCCAGUUUUAAAGCGCAUCGUGUAUAAAAGUACCAUAUAAAUUUCAUCUCAAUACACGAUAUUUAAUAGCAUAAAAUUAUACAAGUAAUAUUUACUGUCUUGCGAGUCGUUUUUCUUUUUUAGUAACUUUCAAAUUUUCAAUACACCGCAGUACCUGAACCGUUCGUCCUCGUCCCAGUGGCAUAUUUUUUAUUUAGCACGAAAGGCCUUCGUAAUUCUGUAUAUUAACCUAUUCUGCCCGCAAGACUCCGCGAUCGAAAAUCAUAUAAAAAAAUUUGGAUAAAUUAAAUUGCUGCCAUUCACAAAACAAAUUUUGUUUUCAUAUCAUGUCUAUUCGAUAUUAUAUAUUUUAUUUUGUUACAGUAUCAGUAUAUUAAAAUAUUACAAUAAUAUACCAUCAAAUAAUAUAAUAUAAUAUAAUAACUGACUCGAAACUGGGGGAAAAAACGGGUUUGCAGAAACUGCAGGCUAAUCUGAAAAUAGUCUUAAUAGUCGAAAUCGUUUUGAAACCCGUUUUUAGUGUCCUCUUAAAACUAUCUAUUUCGAUAUCAAUCUCGUCGUCCUCCAAAACGCUGCACUAUAUCAAAUAUUGAUAAACACCAAAAUACAUUUUCGUCAGCCCUAAACAUUAGUGUGUGUAGUGUGAAGAAAGGAGUUCAUUUCCGUUUACUAAACAUAAUUUUUAGUCGAUUUAGGUACAUCAAUUUAAAAUACGAGAAAAAGAUAAUGAUGAAUCCGUCUUUAAUUUGCAGUAGGUUUAGAUAUGGGAAGUAAACGUGCAACAACCUAAUCUGAUUUUAUAUCGGAUGUCUGCUAUAAGUACCAAAAAAAUUAAUGAAAAAAAAAAAAAACAUGGUUUAUGAAAUAAUAAUAAUCGUAAACGUAUAUUUAUUUGUUCAUUUUCCCUCCUCCCUCAAUUACAAUUACAUUUUUAUUUACUUUUAUUUUCGGUUGCAAUGUGAAGAAAGGAGGAAGAGACGACAAAACGUCCAAGAAACGUUUUUUUUCUGGUGGAAAUUUCAGGUUUUUUUUUUUUUAAAUCCUGUCCUAACCGUGUAGAAAUAAUUAUUAUGAAGAGAUGGAGGGGCACACCAAUUAAAACGUCACAUUUCAACCUAUAUCGUUUAAGGUAGAAUGCUGACAAUAGUGAACAGACCCAAAAAACCGUUGCGCUUUGUUGAAACUGGGGAAUUUUAUACGGCGACCAUUCGCUGCGUUUCGAACCGCUUUCUUUAAUACUAUACGCAGAUGCAAAAUGUAGAAAAUUCCUUCAAAAACCCGACGAAUGCGCCUUUUCGUCUAUGUAAUAACCGGUCAGUCGGGUUAUAUAGAGAAUUCGCUACUCUGUCAUUAUUAUGAGUCGUUACUCAUCAUUAACCGUAGGUACUUAUAAUAAUAUUAUUAAUAAUAAUAAUAAUGACGAUCGCUAGGAGGGUUUAUAAACCUCACGAAUUUCGCCCGUAACCAAGUGGUUUUUUUUUUUUUUUCAUUAAGCACGUUCAAACUCUAUUAGAUCAAACGCCCAAUGGUCUGGGUCAAAGGGAAGUAUUGCAGACACUACUUCUCUCUGCACGGACAUAAAAAUGCAAUAUAUGCAAUUGAAUGAUGACUAUCAGCAUUUUUUUUUUUUUUGUAUAAAAUAACGAAUUAAAAUAAAUUUAUUUUGGUUCCCUUGGUUGAAUUAUUUGGUUUUGUCUCCCGAAAAUUUAGUUCCGCCGUUGUUGUGACGAAAAUUCGCCAGACUUGAUAUAACAUAUCAAGAUAUCCAGGUAUAACAUUUUUAUUAACUUUGUCAAUAGUCAUUUAUAUCAAUUCGUACAUUUUAUUAUCAAUAUCAUACCGGCACAAAGUUUCAUGGAGCAUCUUUUGUAAAGAACGUUUUAUGUAAUAUUUAAAAGUAAAAAGCAGAUGAAUUCACAUCAUGCAAAUUAACCAAUACGAACCAAUAUGUAUAUAUAAUACCAGCUUUUCCGACUUUGCCCGUAUAAGUAUUGAACGAAAAAAAAAUAUUUAAAAUAAUAAAAGUGAUUACGUUUUCACCCCCGUCCCUAUCGUAGGUAUAACAGUGUUGCCCUUUAAUUUAUUUGUAGAAGGAUAUUUUGUUAUCCGUGACAACCAAAUUACCAAAUAAUAUCUUUUUUUUUUCUAAUCCAAUCAACAAAAAAAAAAUAAUUUUUCUUUUCGAAAACACCACUAACCCAUUCAAAUAAAAUAAUACAUUGUCAAUUAUAAGACGUCAGUCUCUUCAGUCUUAGAACUCUAAAAAACUGCUGUGGUCUAAAUUAAUUAAACACAUUGGACAGUUGGUUUCAAGAGUGUUUAUUUCCGAAUGACUGUCCAUUCUAGAACCCAAUAAAUACAUGAAAUGCAACCUUAUUUAAUAAGCUGGUACCAUCAACCUUACCCAGAACUAAAUUGUUGACAAAUUUUUGGUGUAAUAUUUUUCUUCUGAUAUUCAAAUAUAAUAAUAAUAAUAAGUCAUGGAAUGGUUGGGUAGUUUUUAAAACGUAAUCUGCUAAAAAGUUUCAAUUCUGGUUAUUAUUAUUCUCUUUGGGCACACAAUACCCCGUGUUCAAUCUUGCUGUUAUCUAUAUUGGUCGCCUAUACUAACCCCUUUAAUUUCUCUCAUUAUAUUUAAUAUUAUAUAUAUAUAUAUUCAGAUUAUUCGAAUAUUUAAUCAUCUGCAUUUAUCGCGUAAGUGGUUUAAUAGGCGACCAUUGAUAUUUUGGAACGCUAUGCUACACACGAAUAUCCAAGAACUUGGCCCAUUCAUGUCGUGGUACAAAGUUAAAACCAAUUUCAAUGAGUAAUCUUCAAGUACUCGCAAGUCCAUUCACUCGGUUCGCCACUACGACAGCUUUCGAAGUUUUGAAGUUUGAUAUUGGUUUAAAAUAAAAGCCAACAUCCACAUGACCACACGAAGUUGACCCAUGCACUUGGGUUUUUUUUUUUUUACAAAUCUCAUGAAAGAACUAUCUGCAAAUUCUUGUAAAUCAUUUACAAAAUGCUAAUAUUGGUUUGAACAUUGUACCACAUGGCAUGGGUGGACCUCCCGUAUUGCGAUCAAUACAAUUUGAAUACGGUAUCGACUAGCCACUAUCUCGGGUGUCUACGUCUUCUUAGUCCUGACAUUAGCUCGGUUCUCUAUCAUCGAUCGUCUUGCUUCCCGGUAGUACGUCUGCUGUUGGCGGUAUUACGGCAACGUACGCCCAUUGUCUUGGGAUCCAGAUACACCAUGGUGCCGACAAUCGAGCCAUCACUGAUACGUGCUCAGAGACCUCUUGAUGUGUAUGACCGCCUCGGUUUUUAACUUCCAUUUGCUGUUGUUCUAUGUUUAUGAUUAUUGAAGACGUGCCAACGCCGUCGUCUUCUGUUAUGGAGUCGACAAUGACGAUUUUGACCGCUGUCGUUGCCUUGUUGCGAUUACGUUUUUUUGUCGUUUGAAGUAACUGGGCAUUCGAUCUUUCGGUAGUAAACUAGAAAAAUACGAGUAUAAUAGGCGAAUAAGUGUAUAGACUUUUUAAUCGUUCGAUAUGUUAAAAGAUUCGACACAAUACAAUCGAAUAAAAAAAAUAAAUACAUAAAUAAUAAAUAGCUAUUCAUUUUGCCGUAUACGAAUGGAAUUUUUUUUAUAAGUAUUCGAUUUCGUUUUCGCUCUCAUUGCGUAUACGCAAGUAUUAUAACGGAAUAUUCGUCUCAAAAAACGAUGUUUCUAUGGAAUUUAAAAAAUUCGACUCAUUAUAUAAUUUCGGUAUAUUAGUUGCUGGCGUAUUACUAUAACUGGUGCAGAUAAAAUUUAAUUACAUUUUGAUUUUGCAUCUAUAUUUAUCAGUCAAUCAAGAAAAUCGACUUGUCUGCACAACGAAAUAUUUCUUGAUUGUGCGUGUAUUCUCCAUCUCCCAUAUAAACAAAUGCAUGUAUGCUUGCUCUCACAGUGGUUUUGAUUUUUUUUUGGUACAAAAAUGAAUGUGUUGGUUGUUGAAUAAAAAAUGGUUGCAAAAUAGAGAGACGAAGGGAGAGAGGAAAAAUGUGCUCAACUACCUAGUUUUUUAACGUAGUUAUGUACGUUUAUGAAAUUUAAUGAAAUUAGCUAUUUAGAAUAUACUUUUUAAGUACAAAUUCUCGUAUUUAAACCUUCUUUUGACAAAGUUGUGUGUAACUCUUAAUAUAUAUUAAAUCAGUAACGAUUAGUCCAUAAUAAUGGUGACUAUUUUACCGCAAUUCAUGAUCCGUUAGAUACCAUUAUUAUAAUAAAUUUAUUCUAAAAUCCAGACUAAAAUGUAAUAAUUUCGUUUGACGGAUAUCAGUUUUGAAAACAUAUUACCAUUUUUUAAGUUCUUUACUAUAGGAUACUAAUCCACCCAACCGUAAAACCGACAGCGGUACGACACGACACGCCGCGCGGUCUGACGGUUAUCACUUAUUUUAAAGUUGAUAAAAAAAAAUAUGUAUUUAUACUGUUUUUUUUUUUUUUCAUAGUACCCCGAAUUGAAUGCCAUGAUAAUGCGGCGGUUCCAAGAGCCGGGCGACGCGGAACGCGCCUUCGAACUGGUACAUAAAUCGCAGGGUCUCGAGCAGACGCGGUUCCUCGCUAAAAAACACUGUCUCGAAGCCACCCGGCUGGCGGGCAAAAUCGCAGAGUCGCCGUACCAAAAGUCACUGUUGGUCGUGCCCGACCUCAUAGUGAACCGCAUGAAAUAGCCAAAAAAAAGUUUUAAAUCUCUUUCAAUCCUCCUUCCCCUCUCCCAGAUUAUAGCGUGACAAAAGCGUCGUAUACUCGCUAAUAAACAGACAUUAUCGCACAUACCAUAUACGCCCAACGGGUUGGAGAACCGGUUAAAUUUUUUUUUUUUUUACAACUAGUCCCAAUUUGAUAAUAAUACAUGCAAUGAGCGUACAGUGUUUUCUUUAUUAUCAUAAAUAAUAAUAAUUUAUAAUUAUAUUAUUUAUAAUAAUAAUAAUAUAAAAUAUAUAAUUAUAUGUAUUAUCAUUUGUGUGAGAGAAUACCUCCUUGAUCCUGACGAUAUGAUAAGGUUCUUCACUUUAUUUUCAUUUUUUUCUUUCUGUUAUAUAAUUAUAAUUAUAAUUUUUAAUUUAAUAUUAUUUUAUUAGUAUCAAGUAUUUUUUUUAUUAUUAUUAUUAUUAUUAUUAUUUGUUUAUUCCCCCCAGCAUCAUCCCUCUAUUGUUUUUAACAUCCUGCGGUACUUAACAAACCAUUUUUGAAAAAAAAAUAAUUUAUUGCCAACAAAAUCACAAAAUUUGUAUUUAUUUUUUUUUCUAAAACUCCUGCUCUAUUCAUCCCUGUUCCAUAGAUUCAAUUAUUUCUUUAUGCUAGGUUCACAUUUACAUGCUUAUACGCCACUAGAUUCUAUUUUCGGGAAUUGAAAUACUAUUCAUUCAUAUCACACCGUUCAGUUGACACAUGCAUUCCACUCUGACCAGUUCGCUGUUCAUCACAUAAUUUUUUUUACAAAAAUAGGGAAAUUACAUAGACAAGAUAAUCAACAAAAUCGAUAAAAAGCUUGUCAUAUGGAAUAUGUAAAUGUAUGAAUACUCGAGCCGAACCACGAAGAGAAGUUGGGAAGAAUUGGUGCCUAUUUUUUGUGGCAUAGAGGAUUCAAAAGAGAAUGAAUUGGAAUGUGAUCUCAAAGUUUUAGACAUAACGUGACAUAAAGACUAUAAGAAAUCCUUGUUUUAAAAAUUGGAUAAACCCAAUAAUUUCUUUCCCUUUUUUGUCUUUGUCUAAAAACGAUCUACUAAAAAACAGCAUCUAUCACAUUCAUUGUGGAUGCAAGUCUGUACUGUACUAAAAUAUUUUUUAAUUUACGUUGCUUUUACAUUCGACACGCAGCUAUUUGAGCAGUCAUAUAUGUGUCUAUGUGAACCUAGCUUUAGUUUCUUAAUUUGUAUUAUUACACAUUUGUUUUUAGGUGACACCCAAAAGAUUUUCGUUCUCUAUUUUGUUUUAUCAUUAAUGAAUAAUCAAUUUUAUAAUAUUAUAAAGUUAAUCAUAUUUAUAAUUUUCUGUACACUGUAAAUUGUAAUGAUUUUAAUCUCGUUAUAUAAAGCGCACAAUAAAUUUAACAUACUUAAAUCAUUUAUACUUACCACGAAAAUUCACUUUUAUUACCUAAUAAUAUAGCAAUAAUAAUAAUAUUAUUAUUAGGAUGUUAAAUUAUUAAGAUUAUGGUGUACAGUUCAUAUUCGUACAUGUUAUUAUUCUUUACAAAGAACAAAAUAUAUAAUUUUAUUGUGUUAAAUGUCAUAUAUUAUAUAAAAUAAAACUGAUCAGUUCAGCUUACUGAUAACUAACCAAAAGCAUCGUAUUUUUUUCUUUGCAAUUUAUUUAUUUAUUGUUUUUUUUUUUUCUAUAAUGAUAAUAAAUAAUAUAACUCAAUAAUAAAACAAAAAAUAUUAUUGUAAAUACCAAAGAAAAUACAUUAUUUUGUUAUCUAUAUAAUUAUUAUUAUAAAAAAAAAAAAAAAAAAAAAAUAAAUAAAUAAAUAAAUAAACAAUAUUUUAUUAGACUACAAUUUAUAUUAUUAAUUUAUUUUUUUAAUUAUUAUUAUUAUUAUUAUUAUUAUAAUUAUAAUUA